AUACAAGUCUAGGCAUCACGAUCUUCACAUUUAGUAAAGAGCUUCCCAUUUUCUGCCAUCACUUUGCAUUAGCAGAUCUUCAGUGGGUCCAGGUCCCCCGGUGAGAAAGCACAGUAGCUAGAGCAGCAUUUUGCCUGAGGAUUUGUUGAGUUUCAUUAGGUCUUACCAUUGCUCACUGAGCUCCAGAACACAUCCUUAUCUCCAGCGGCGGCAGAGGAGCUCUGGAGGAUGGGAAGAGGUCCAUGGCUCAGGCAGGUCCUCCCUGCUCUCCUAACUUGUUGCCUGGUCCCAGCCUCCAGCCAGAUCCGAUACUCGGUCCCGGAAGAGCUGGAUCACGGCGCGUUUGUGGGGAACAUCGCUGAGGACCUGGGUCUGGACAUCUCCAAGCUGUCCCCAAGGCGCUUCAGAAUCGUGUCCGGGACCAACAAGCAGCAUCUGGAGGUCAACCUGGAGAACGGGAUCCUGUUCGUCAAUGAAAAGAUAGACCGGGAAGAAGUUUGUGAGUUCCAGCCGGUGUGCACCCUCCACUUGCAGGUGGUGAUGGAGAACCCCCUGGAGCUGUACCGGGUGGAGGUGGAGAUCCUGGACAUUAACGACAACGCGCCCAGCUUCCCCUGGCAUGACUAUGUGCUUGAGGUGACCGAGUCGGCGGCGCCCGGUGCCCGCUUCCCGCUCGAAAGUGCCCAGGACCCCGAUGUUGGGGCCAACUCGCUGCGGACCUACAAGCUAAGUCCUAACGGGUUCUUCUCCCUGGAGGUCCAGAGCCGGAGCGACGGCAGCAAAUUCGCAGAGCUGGUUCUGGAGAGACCCCUGGACCGGGAGCAGCAGAAGACCCAUCGGGUGCUCCUCACUGCCAUGGAUGGUGGCAUCCCUGAGAGGUCAGGGACUGCUCUGGUCACCAUCAGCGUUUUGGAUGCUAAUGACAACGUUCCCACCUUCGACCAGUCCUUCUACCGAGUGAGUCUGCCGGAAAAUGUCCCCAAAGGCACUCUGGUGAUAAAACUCAACGCUACCGACCUGGAUGAGGGCACAAACGGAGAGAUAGAGUAUUCGUUCAGCGGACAUGCCCCCCAGAAGGUGAGGGACCUCUUCAUGGUGGAACCUCGUACUGGCCAGGUGAGGGUAAAGGGGGUUCUGGACUACGAGAAGUCCAACCUGUAUGAGCUCUAUGUCCAGGCUAAGGACAGGGGGCCCUCGGCGGUGGCCGUGCACUGCAGGGUCCUGGUCAACCUUCUGGAUGUUAAUGACAAUGCUCCUGAAGUCAUCCUCACCUCGGUGUCCACCCCAGUCAUGGAAGACGCUCCACCCGGCACGGUCAUCGCCGUGAUCAGCGUUAUGGACCGAGACUCCGGGGACAACGGGGAUGUCAACUGCGAGAUCCCCAAAAACGUCCCCUUCCAACUGCACUCUUCCUACAAAAACUACUACACUCUGGUCACUACCGAGGUCCUGGACCGGGAGGUGGUGUCUGAAUACAAUAUUACCAUCAGUGCCAGGGAUUUUGGGUCUCCACCACUCAUGACCAGAAAGGUCAUCUCUGUCCAAGUCACUGAUAUUAAUGAUAACAUACCCACCUUCCUCCACCCCUCCUAUACGGUGUACGUGAUGGAGAACAACCCUCCUGGGGCAUCUAUCUGCUCUGUCACUGCCCUGGACCCUGACUGCAACCAGAAUGCCUACCUGUCCUACUCAAUCAUGGAUGGUCAGAUUCAGGGCAUGCCAGUGUCUACCUAUGUCUCCAUUAACUCGGACAGUGGCAAUAUCUAUGCCCUGCGCUCUUUUGACUACGAGCAAAUCAGGAACUUUCAGAUCAGGGUCCAAGCUCAAGAUGCUGGCUUCCCUCCCUUGAGCAGCAACGUUACGGUCAACGUCUUUAUUCUUGAUCAGAAUGACAAUGUCCCAAUUAUCGUGUACCCUUUGCCAAAGAAUGGUUCGGUGGCCACUGAUGUCAUUCCUAGGUCUGCUGACCCUGGGUACUUGGUGGGCAAGAUCUCAGCCAUGGAUGCAGAUUCUGGCCAAAACUCUCGCCUCUCCUAUCAGAUAAUUCAGGCUUCUGAUGCUAGCCUUUUUAGCGUUGCCCUGUACACCGGAGAGCUAAGGACCAUUCGUGCUUUGUCAGACAAAGAUGCAAUCAGACACAAACUCCUGAUUCAAGUAAAAGAUAAUGGGCAACCCUCAUUAUCCACUUCUGUCUCCAUAGUUCUGACUGUGGUGGACAGCCUCCCAGAGACCCUGUCUGAAUUAAAUGAUGUGCCUUUAAAUUCAGACCCUGCUGCCACCUCAUCUCUAACUCUCUAUUUAAUAGUGUCCCUUGGCUCUGUGUCCUUUACAUUCCUGGUGGCUAUAAUUGUCCUUACAGCCAUUAAAUGUCACAAAGACAGGCUGUCCCUACAGGAUUACAAGUGUUCCAUGCCUACUUGUUGCUGUUUAAGAGCUGGAGCCCCUGGAGGGGUCUUUAAAAACUCAAAUAUCAACCUACAGAUUUCAUCUGGGAAUAAAGUUCAGACGAAUUGUAUGGAAUCCUCAGGGAAUGGUCCUCAAAACUAUUGUUACAAAGUCUGCCUGACUCCAGAAUCAGCUAAGAGUGACUUCAUGUUUCUCAAACCCUAUAACUCCACCACACAAAAUAAUGAAAAAAUCCCAGAAAAAGGGGCCCCUGGGAGAGGUGGACAGAACCAAAGUGCUGUGAACAAUGCAGUCAACGAGGUAAAAAAAAAAAGUAAUAAUAAAAAGAUAGAAAAAGAAAAAAAUGAAAUGAGUUUUCUCCUAGAAUGGAGCUUCUAAUCCACAUCUAGCAGCUGUUGCAAUCCACCGUGCCUGAUAGAAAUUUUCAGUAGAAAUUGGAACAUGUGAACCCUUUCAGUGCCGGCUGUAGAGCUGAGCAAUAGGCUGAUUUCCUACACUCAUUGAUGGGGUUUUGCUUUUUUCAGCAUGCCUCACGUUGGCAGACACAGAACUGGCAAUUAAUAUAUAUAUAUAUAUAUAUUUUUUUUUUUUAACGUUUUUUUUUACAACGUCAAAUCCCACUACGCUGAGCCAGGGGUAGGUUGGCUAAGUGUGCUGGGAGUUGUAGUGCACAACAGUUAGACUGGCAGAUAUAAUCUAGGAAAGCACCCUUCUCCAGCCUCCCUCCUCUCCAAGGUAGUGGAAAUAGAUCUUCCUGCCUUGAAAGGGGGGGAGGAGGGAGAUUCUCUAAGGGGUGAUUUUAGAGUUAAUGUAACAGUUAAAAAAUAAUGAUUUAAUUAAAGGGCUCCGUGCACGGUAUGCUGAGAUAGUAUUUUUAUUAUAAGCAGUAAAACCCAAAUAUAACCAUAGGAACAGAGAGGGGGGGACGCUGCACUUCAUCCUGUUCAUGUAUUCCUCAUAAGCAUCCAAGGGCAUUAGCUUUAUGUUUUAUCUCUCUGUGUCCCCACUUCCAUCCCGUGUUAGUAAUUUAUGUCUCACAAUUAUUCUGUUCAAACUCCAAGGGCGUCCUUCAGGAUGGACCGAAUGGAUCCUUUCCAUAGCUGUGUUGUCAUUGCUUUACGUGUGACACAUGAAAUCAGUGUCUGAGAGCAUUGAAUCACUGAUCAGUCAGCCUAUAAAUCCUGCCAUGGAGCAUUAUGUGCCUUACUGGGAUAGCAGCACAUUUACUAUACACUGCCUGGGUACGGCUCUCUUAGACAGACACUCUGAACACUAACAAAGCACCAGUGGGUCUGUAAGGGGAAUCAAUGCAUUGCAAUCUGUAUAAUGAGAGAAGGCAGAGCGUGCUAUGGAAUAUUGUGUAUCAAGGUUAACAGUGGCAGAACACACACACACACACCACAUCAUCACACACAUACACACCGCGCAAACACCCACACACGUGUGUCACAGACAUACACACAAACAUUAUGCACAUGCAGACAAAGGCACAAUAUGCACAGUAAUGAGAACACACACAAUAAGAGUACAUACAGAAUACAUGCAGAUAAAAUACAUUGCUUAUUAUAUUGUUAAAAGCAAUAACAUAAUAAUGAAAUAAAUAUUAUUUAACAUAUAGUCACACACACAAUAUACACACCGUUACAUAUUAUUAUUAUUAUUACACAAUAUAUACAUUAUUACACAUUAUUAGAGCAAACAAUCAUACUAUACACACAUAAAGCAUUAUAUAGCACGAGUCCCAGACAGGAUGCGGUAUCUCUAUAUAUCAAACAGGGCAGAGUGCAGUCAUCUCACACUCUGUGUGUCACCUGUAGCUCAGGGACAUUGAAGGCUCCUUGUUGAGCUUGGGAAGGUUACUCAGAGCAGCCCCAAUCUGUAAAUGCUUUGUACGGUAUGGUAAUUACCAUUCAUCGAAGCUGAAAAAUAAAUCAGCACCUGGAUGGAACACAAACAAGCCAGACAUAUCUGAGAGAGGCUAAGGUAUUGAAGCAAGAAAAGAGCAAUCACUGGCUCUGCAAAUUGCAAUGAUGUCUAUGCAUGACUGCAUUUGGAUAUCAGUUGUGUGCCAGGUGCUGUUGUUAGAAGAAACCAAGACCUUGAUUUGCUGCUAUUAUCCCAUUUUCUGUGAUCCGCUUGGUGUCUGUUAAUUUCAUACUGAAUAUCAUGCACAAAGCAGGACAUGAUCUAAGUGUAUUGCAGUUUACGCAGAUAACCACGAGAUGGCGCGUUUUGAAUAAGAAAAUCCAUAACAAUAAAAUUGCUCUAUAAUGUCUCACAAGAAAAAAACCCAAACACGACAUAUUAUACAAAAUUACUAUGAUAGUACCUUUUAUUUACAUGAUAUUAAAAUGCUGGAAGUAAUAAUAAUAAAAAAAAAAGUCACAACAUUGUUCUUUAAAUCAGCCGCACUAAAGGGGAAUUACAUCCAGAAUACAAGUUAGGGGUAAUGCCUUAUCUUAUUACAGCAGUCUUUUGAUCUGUGCAGUUACAAUUUUCUUGUGUACCUUAAUGCAAUUAUCUAGCAAGAUCUGCUAGGAGCAACAAUUUCACUUUAUAGCAGAUCACAGCAAGUAUAAUGGGACUAGUAUUAUCAUCACAAGAUAGAAAUAAGCCUAUUUUGUGUGGGAUAUCAUUGCAUGAAAUGUGUUUUAACCCCUUCUGACCAGGGAAAUCCUUUAUUAUCAUGAUAGUGUCCAUCCAUUGCAAUGGUCCGGUAGAAGGUAAUCACUUUUUUUUUUUUUUAAAUUGUGUAGGAUAUCAUUGCCCAGAAAGGGGUUUUAAUCAGCUCAUUAUGUGAUAUUUCUGACAUGCAUUGGUCAUGUUAGGUUUACCUGUAUAGAAUGUAGACGCACAUAAAUAUAACAUAGACAAAAUGUAAUGCUUAAGUUCAUUCAUUAAAAAGGGUAAAUGCUGUGGCAGAUACAAAAAAGCGGAGCAUCGCCUGACUUGUUUCUUGUUAUUAUUUUCCAUUUAUUUAAAAAAAUAUGAGGCUGAUAUCUCUAGUAGUUAGCGUAGCUGUUCAUACAACUCACUGGUCACCUGUCAUAUGAAAAUUUGCCACAACACCUUUUUAUAUGUUUUGUAAAAAAAGAUUUACAAAAAAAAACAAAACCGGAGCAUAUUGCUAAAUGUGUUUGUGAUAGAAAACUGCUCACUGGCCAAGAGCAGAUACACUCAAACAAUGCGUGUUCCAUUGACAUGGGAAGAUUUUGGACUGCUAUUUUGAUAAACCCCAACAAAAAUUGAGGUAAUGCUAAAGUAAAUUAAAUUAAAUGAUUGUCUACUUAUCCAUACUAGAGUAUAAUCCUAAUUUAAAGUAAAACGCUAAGGUCCAUAACCACUAAGGAAUGCUGUAGUGAUUAUGGUGCCAGAAGUGCCCUGAUGUCAUAAGUAGUAAAAUCAUUUUAAAAUCAUCUUAGUAAGAUCUGACAACUUACAUGGGUCUGCAGUCACCUAUGAUUGUAUCCUCUGCUUCUCCUUUAGGAUAAAUCCGUUAGCUAAGCAGGGCCAUGCUCUCAGCCAACGAACAUGGACCUGAUUUGCUGUGUUUUUUUCCUGUGGAGACAUCUAGCUUGUCCUGCAGGAGAAAACCAGAUACAGUGUACGUACUACUAGUAAGCUGAGUUGCCCAAGAGCACCAUGGAUGAUGCUGAUGAUAAGUGGUUAAAACGUAAUCUCUGUCCUACAUAUCAUUUUUUUUUUUAAAUAUUACUAUAACAGGUGCAUCUGUGCCAUUUGUGUGUGGGAGGCAAUUUGAUUGGCUGAGAGCAUUAUCUGACAAGUUCUUGUUCUGCAGUUUAUUUACUGGUCCGCUGGUCGGUGGGAAUGCCGAUUCCUGAAAUCUCAUAUGGCAACACUGACGCUGGCUGCUGUGCAUGCUCCUGGCGUUAUGCUGUCACAAAUAACAGAAUUAGACCUAGCCACCCUCUCAUGACAUUUUGGGGGUGUGGUCAUGGCAAUUACACCCCCAGCCCAUAAAACAGUGCCUAACUUGCUUUCUCUUUGACCCAGUAAUGCCUUUAUACUUUUUUGAAUUACUGUUACUUACCCGGCUUUCCACUUGACUAUAGUGUAUUAUGGUUUCCCUCUUACCAUCUAUCUGAAUUCUGGUUUCCCUUGACUCUGGCUAGUCCUAACUAUUCUACCUGUCUAUAUAUUGUGAAGUCUAUCCUCUAAGACCAUGUAAGGAGUUUUAUUACUGAGAUAAUGCUUUGCGUAGCGGAGUUUUGUACUUGUCCUUGACACAGGUUCAGCCAAUCAAUGACAUCUAAAUUUGUAUUGCUUAUGUAGCAAUAUGAAGAGGAAAGGUUUGGGUCAUCAGUGCCUGUGGGACCCUAGGUUUGAUUUAAAUCACUUACAAAUGGUGGCUCUAGUUGCCUUCUAACAUUGCCCGCUAGUUGUUUUGUAUUUAGAGACACCCUUGAAAGGUUGAAGACAUAGCUCCACAUUUUAAACUCAUAGGCCCUAUAUCACAUAGAUAAGCCAUGUCUCAUCACCCUAUCCAUGUGCUUUAGGCCAUAUUUACAUAGAAAAUAGACAGUAUCAGACUCGAUGCUACAUUACUGAGUUUAUAUUUCUCUUGACAGUUAUCUGCUUAUGCUGCCAAUUCAACAUAUUUUCAUAUAUAUCAUUAUUCUUUAAAGUCAUUUGUAUUUUAGUUGGUAUUUUUCAAAUUGAGAUUACGGUAUAUUUAUCUUCAGCAUGGGGCCUGAUUUCUGUUUGCUAUCUUUUUGGCUCACUAUCCGAGGCAAUUUAGUAAAUUUAUGUAUAGCGAUGUACAUGCUGAAAUGGAAUACAUGAUAUUCCUAAUAUUAUUGUGAGGGUUUGUUCAUCUUACUGUAGAUAUAGAUUAUAUAUAAUUCCAUGCAAUUCUCCCAGUAAAUUACCUGACUUUGCUGUAUACAUCAGGUGAUGUACUGUAUAAUUGUAUAAAUUGUUUAUAUUCUGCUCAGGUUCUGCUGUUGUUUAAAGAUAGAAAAAUAGGCCUUCAAUGAAGCUAAGCAAUUAACAGAAGAAAUUACUAUUAAAACAAUGAUCUAUUAUCAGAUAAGAAAAAUGACUGGUAUCUUGGUAUUACAGAGAGAAGCAAUAUAAUAAAUGUAUUUCACUAAAAAAAAUGAUCAUAAUCAUUUGUCUGGCGCAGUUGCACCUAAACAAAAACCUCUGUUGAUAUCAUGGCUACAUAUCAAAACUUCCUGUUGUGCCAAGUGCCAAAAAAAGGAGAACAUGCGAUAUACAAAAUCAAAUGCAAUUAUGGUUUAAUUAUUUAUUUAAACAUAUCUUUUCCAUUUAAGCACAACCUGAUCAUAAUUCCUUACCUAUUAAAUCCAUUUAGACUUAAAUGUCUGAAAAGUACAGAACAUCAAAAAACGAAACAUUUACUAGAACUGCUCAGAAUGACAUUUUACAUUGAUAUUUGGUGGUAAAUGCACUCUUUCGGUGUACAGUGCAGGUGGCAACUAGUUAGGACUUACAGGCUCAUUCACUAACCUGAGAAUUCGAAGUGAAUUUAAAAUUUAAGGUCAAAGUAGCCGUACUGGAAGCAAUAGCUGAAUUAAAGAAUUUUCUAUAUAUAGCUACAGCUGAUUAUCUUAGCGUUGGUAAUAUCGUAUUUCCCCAUUCCCUUGUAUUCUCUCCUUAAAAAAAGGCUUAAAUGCUCUUGAUAUUAAACGAAAUGUCCUGCUUUCCUGUUAAAGGAUUUUCUUUAGUCUGAUAAUUCCACCAAUCAGAUAUCUGCUUCAGGAAUUCCCCAUAUAUCAUUGAUACAUGUAGAUCAAAAGUGAAAGCAAAUAAAAUCACUUGUAUAGGGCUGACAAAUAUUUUAUUGUCUGGUCUAUUAUUGCAAAGCAUGUUCUUCAUGCAUAGGGAUUUAUAUGGCUUUAUAUUUCUUUAUAAUAACAAAAAGAAUUUCAACAGAAAAUCACACGGAACACAUACUGUGGCUUUACUCACACAUGGUCUUUGUGAGAAGGCCUUCGGACUCCUAAUACCUGAGGGAGGAUUUGUUGCGUUAAAACCACAGUGAAAGAAACUAUGAUUUUGCAUAAAACGUGAAAGCUAAAGACAUCAUCCCUUUGAUAUGCUUGUGCUCUUUGUAAUUUUAUUGAUAUUAGUUUAGGCGAUUUUUACCACUAUCAGAAGAAAUGUCACUUGCAUCAUUUAAAGUUGAUUUUUUUUCUUUUUUAAAUAAAGCUGGUUUACUUGGGAAGCAGUGCAGUUAAGUACAGGCUUAUCAUAUGUAUCUUUUCAACUCAUCUUUUGGCCAUAAUUAUGCAAUUUGGGUGUUAACAUCUAGAUUGUGAACACUGGCUGGCAUAGCACCUAUAGGCUAUUGGCAGCAUAACCACUAGACCAUACUGGUUCUAGUACUGAGGGUUCUAGUGAUUUAAAAUCCUAAGGGAGAGCCAGACUAGCAGGGCAGAUGGAAUCGUUGUUUGCGUAAUUGUGACGAGACCAAUCUCGCCACUGUGCAUUAGAGGAGCUUGGUUGCCCGUCUGAUGCCUUUAGACUAUGGCCCCAUGUUGAAACGCUUGAUUUUCCCCUGCGAAGACACGAAAGCCGGGUCAUUCGGUGCUUGUCCUGUUUGAGCGGUGAUACCCCAGAUAGCUAUGCCAUGGAGCCCAUUCGUAUAAUGAAAGACUAUGGGAAAGACUUUGGCUCCAUGGCAAUUGAACUGUAUGUGUGUGCUCUGAGCGCCAUUCAGUAAUAAUGUGCGCUCAGAUCUGAGCUAUCUGGGAUAUGUUGAAUGUACCUGUUUUGUGCAAUGGCUGCACAGUUAUAUGUUUUUAUGUGUUUUAUUGUCUUUUGCUGCCAUGUGUUCAAUGGAGUUUUGCCUCUGUCCUUGGAGAUAAUUGGAUUACUUCCCAAUUAUCUCCAGGAUAGAAGACUCUGUGGAACUGGUUUUGGGUAGAAAAGCCAUGCUUCCUUUGGUCACAAAGGACUACGAUCUAUCUUUUGAACCACUGGACCAAUUUGUAUGAUUUUGACAUAUGUUUGUAUUUGGAGUAUGCUGAUUCUGAAAAUGUAAGUUUUAUGUGAAUGUGAUGCAUACUUUUAAAGUUAUGAAUAAUGUUGAAAAACUGUAUUUCUCUGCCGGUGAUAAUUACAUUACCCAUUGUGUAAGGUAAUUGUAUCACAGGCAGAGGGGAGGAUUUUGUGUGGGAGUGUCUGAGUGUAUUGUACAUGUUUAUUGGUUGUUUUCCAAAACCCGGUGGGUGGUACUAAUGUGUAAGAAUGUGUACAUAAGAACAAUAAACCCACAGCUCUGUCUGUUCACUGCUUGACCCUCAACACGGAGCUUUGUCUCGUUCUUGGGGGCAUUUACUGUAUGCUGUUCCAGUUUGACUGCUAGGAGUGUAAACCUAUUUGUAUGGUUUUUCCUAUUCGGCUGUUUACAGCAUUCAUGUGGUUCUGGUUCAGCUGUUUAUGGCAUUCAUAUGCUUCUCCGGUUCGGUGGAUUAGUGUCUACAGUAGCUGUGCCUGUGUCUCUGGAAGGGAAGAUCUACUAAACGGCGGUUUAACCCUUUUAUGCCCUGGGUGCCGUUACAGUAAUUAUCACUAAAAAUAUUAUUUAACCCAAACUAAAAAUGUACAGUGCAGAGCAUACUUUAUAAAUAGAACAUCCUCAGAGCCUUUUAACAAAAUAGUACAUAGUAGUGAAUUUCAUGUGAAUUGCAUAUUUGAGCAAAAUAAUACAUUUGGAAACAUUCUUAGGGAUAGGAUAAAUCAAUCCCAUUGUGACCUUGAUUUCUUGAAAAUCCUCAAAUGCAAUUGGUUCUGAAGAGGUUGCGUUAUUGGCUGUCUCCAGAAACUGUACAAAUCUAGAAGGUGUAGGAAGGAGUUAUUAAAACGAAAAACAAACCAUCUUUAUUCUGAGCUCGUAAGGCCAAUCUUCAAGUUAGUCUUUCAUUUUUACCCUUGUAAUUAGUGUUGUCCAGGAGAUAUUCGCUAAUAUCUGAUAGCAGAUGUCUUUAGUCACCUUUACUGUUCAGUUUUUUAAUUGAUCAUUAGGCAAUUAUAGCUCAACUAUAAAAUUCAUACCACAGUUUAUCAAUGUUGUGAUUUAACCUUAUCAUCCUAGCAAAUUGCUUUUAUAAUGUAUUGCUUUGUAAAUUUCUCUUUCAUCGUGACUUCUGUUAAGUUACACUUUUGAAAUAAAUUGGUUCAGGUUAGCACCUUAUAUGGCAUCAAAUCCUUUAUCUAUAGUGGUUUCUACAUCACUCACCUAACAGAUUUAUUUAAACUGGCAACACAACAAUGAUUCAUAACAGGAGGAUGGGUAGGUCUUGCCUCCAUUCAUACAAAGUAAAUUUGUUAAAAUAACUUAAAUCAUAACUUUCUGUUCCAACUGUCAUUGUGGUUAGAUGACAAAUACUAGUGAUCUAUGUUCCUGAUUUAUACCACUGUCAGUGGUGUACAUACUGCGACCCGUCACACACGGGAAGCCCGGCCGCCUUGCGGACCCCUGCGAUGAGGUGCCUGACAGCCAUGUGUUGCGGCCCCAGCCGUGCUGUAUAAUUGCUGGGGCCGUACGUGUAGGGGUCCAUCGGGUAGCCCAUGCUGUUAGGGCCACCCGAUGGAAAUGAAUAUCAUGUGGGUGGGCCCCAUGGAUCAGUUUUUCACCGGGGCCCUAGUGUACGCCACUGACCACUGUUCAUUCCUUUUACUUGGCCAGUAGUAUACCUUGAGGACUGGUUUGGGAAUACCUGCUCUCCACUACAGAAAGAGACUUAUAGUGCUGUUUACUAUAGUCACAGCAGUCAAAAAUUUAAAGUGAAUUUCUAAUUUAAGGCCAAAAUAGUGGAAUUGGAAAAAUGAUCAGAUAUGCUUCCAGUUCUGCAAUAUUGGUGUAAAAUUUACUUAGAAUUCCCAAAUGACUUAAACAAAUUAGAAUAAAAGGGGGAAAAUAUAAGGCUGUAAAUCUUAAUACCUCUCCUAUUCUAUCAGUUCAUUUGAAUGCAAGAAGCCACAGGCUGGAGAAUAAGAGCAUUUCACGUGAAUAAAUACAUACUAUUCGAUUCUAUUUUAAAAUACAUACAGGCGUACAAGCUUUAUCUUUAAACUUAUUAGCCAAACAAGCCUGCUGUUUCCUGACAUAUAAAACAUAUACAGGGCUGCGUUACUUUCCAUCCAUAUUUAUAAAGAAUACCGUGUAACUGUCAGGCAAACAAUGGUAAGAUGAAUUACUAUGCUUGAAUUGCCCUGCGUGUCUCCUUGAACAACAUGCUAACACACCAGUAGUGCUCACUCUGCUUACAUGAUUCAUCCAACUCAGGUUUCUUUCAGAUUUUAAUAAACCAAAGAGCUGCUUAAAUAGUCGUCAUCUUGGCUGGAUCGUAUUAGAUUUGUUCCUUCAUUAGAUUAUUAGGUAGCAGAUCUGGAAAUCUCUGCAAAGGAUCAAAAUAUCUAACAGUAACUGAAAACCUUCUAAUUACUGUUGAACACAAAUAUAUAGGGGAUUCCUCAUUAAUUUUUAAUUAAAUCAGAAGUAUUUCUAACAAUUAGUAUUUCUUCUAAUGAAAUCUGAAGUAUUUCUGCAAAUUGUACACAUUAACUCUUUAGUGACAUCCCAUGCUUCUUGUCAUGACAGUAUGUUCACUGCAGAUUCUACUUAAAAAAAACGAUAACCUAUUUAUUCUAUAUCAUCUAUGAUAGUAUGGGAGAAAGAGUUCAAAAUCAAAGUUGUUUAACAAUUUUGGCUACUUUGGUCCAAAUCAGGGAUGCUCAAUAUGUAGAUCCCCAGAUUUUGCAGAACUACAACUCCCAUGAUGCUUUGCAUGCCUCUAGAAAGCCUUUAGAAUGACAUAGCAUCAUGGAAGCUAUUGUUUUAAUACAUUUGGGGAUCUACGUUUUAGGCACCCCUGGUCUAAAUGCUUUUGCAUCACAUUAUAAAAGUGGACAUUCUGUUCUUCAAAAUCUUAAUUUAUACAUUUUAAUAAAUGUAAAAAUUUAUUUACCAAACUCUAGCUUAUGGUGAAAGUUAAUUUGCAAACUGUGACGACUGGGGUAUGUUUUUGCUUACAUAUAGAAUGUUUGGUUUCCUGUUUUCCUAAAUUCAUUGUUGAGGAAAUAAACAUCUUAAUAUGUCUCUGUAAUGCUAUGAAUACAUUCGCCCUUCACUAUUACGCACCUUUUAGACACUGAAUGCAUUCUAGUUAAAGUACUGUUCAGGGAUAUCUAAAAUGUAAAUUUACACAUUUUAAUAUAGAUAAGCAAUAAUGGUUGAACACCUGAUUAUCGGUUUUAUUAGAGAACAUGAUUGCACUUUUACAUAUGCAGAUUCAUACAGAGUGUCAGCAGAAGGUUUGGGAUGUUUCAAUAGGAGUGAACCACAAGUGAGUGGGCCAGUGAUGAGCAGGGGUGCAGAGUGUACCAAAUACUGGGCAGUCUUGUCCUCAGAACCGCACUCAGUUCUGGCUAUGCACAGAGCACUUCUGAAGCUCCAUUUCAAAGUCUGUAUGCCCUGUGUGUUCUUGUACAGUGCAUGCGCAUCCAAAGUUGUGUUAAUGCUGUGGUUUCACGCGUUCCCAGAAGUGGCAAACCUGGAAUUGUGGGACAGGAAACCAAAUUCAGGACUUGCCUACCGAACCUGUAAUUGUUGGGAGACUUGUAUGUAUGUCGGCAUGAUGCAAAUAUACACUUGGUAUGAUAACACUAUUUGCAUUAUGUAUGGAUUUGUAUGAUGUUCCAGCUAUCUGUAAAAAAAAUCCUUGUAGUGCACUCAGUUUCAGAGCCUAACAAUGCUUACCAUAUUGGUAAUAAAGAUAGACUUUUCAAAUUAGCAUCACUAGAUGCAGGAAAGAAAGAAGAGCAAUUUUCAGUCAUUCACAACAAAUGUAUUUUGUUAAAAAAACAGUCUAUGUAUGCACUAAAAAUACUUCAAUGUUAUGAAGUGGAUUUGGUCUAUAGAUCAUGCCAAUGUAGUCUCUCUGCUUAAUUCUUGGUCAUUUAGAAGGUAAUGGAACACUAUAAAAUUAUUCCUAAUGCUAUAGUGCCUCAGUUCCUAGCUCUAGGCAGCCCCCCCCCAAUGUGCCGUAAAAAUUAAUAGAAUAAACAUUUCACUUACCUUUUUCUAGCGCCGAGGUUCCUUUAGCAUUACUCACUUCUCCACCUCCUGAAACGUCAUGAAAGAGGCAUGGCCUCCUCCACUAAAGUGCAAUCCAGUGCUCCUCAUAGAGCAAGCCCAUCCAAGCUUCCUCAUAGCAAAGCAUCUUUCAAUGAUUUCCUAUGGACUUACGCUUCCCGUGAUUGAAUAUUAUUUGCUUAAUGCCCAUGGAAGCACCUGUAUGGCUGUCAGUAUGAUCCAUUUAGACCCUAUUUAAUGUCCACAUAUGACAGCUGAGUGUGUUGUUUAUGACUUCCUGGGCUGGUAGGGGUCCUUUUUAUCUCAUGAUUCAAAGCUGAGAAGCACCUAGCAAGGCAUAAAUCAUUUUCUUUUAGUAAUAUCUAUUUUCAUGUACAUUUUCGUAGCUUACAAAUAUGCUUAAAGGUAUAUUCACUAAACGUUUAUUUUAAUAACUGCCUGUCCUUUUAUCAGAAGGGUUUCAUUGGACACAGUUCUGCAAUAACAAUGAAGUUUGUGCUGGGAAAAUGGGUGGUCAGCUCAGGUGCAGAAAAAGUUAGACAUCUUAAAAAAGUUAGGAUUUUAGGCAGUUAGGAAGGAAAUUUUAAAAAACAAAUAGAUGCAAGUAUAUUAACUGCAUUGUUCAAAUGUAUUAAAGGGACACUAUAGUCACCAGAACAACUACAGCUUAUUAGAGUAGAAUCAUUACCUUCAGGCUUUUUGCUGUAAACACUGCCUUUUCAAAGAAAAGGCAGUGUUUACAUUACAGCCUAGUGAUAACUUCACUGGCCACUCCAUAGAUGGCUGUUAGAGAUCCUUCCUGGGUCAUGGCUGCCUAAAAUGUAUCCAAACAUUCAGUAUCUCCUCCCUCUGCAUGCAGACACUGAACUUUCCUCAUAGAGAUUCAUUGAUUCAAUUCAUCUCUAUGAGGAGAUGCUGAUUAGUCAGGGCUGUGUUUGAAUCAUGCUGGCUCUGCCCCUGAUCUGUCACUUUAUCAGGUUCAGCCAAUCCUAUGGGGAAGCAUUGUGAUUGAAUCGGGCCACCACUUCUGCUGAUGUCAGUAGGCAGUGGGCAGGUCAAAAGGAAACAAGGACAAAGCCAGCAGCAUCAGGCUUGAAUACAAGUAAGAUUUUACUAUAUUUAAGGAGGUAAGAGGGGGGCCAGGGGGACUAGAUGGUGGUUUUAACCCUACAGGGUCAGGAAUACAUGUUUGUGUUCCUGACCCUAUAGUACUCCUUUAAAUAAAUGUGCAUUUUGCUCCUAUUAGUACAAUAAAUAGCAAGGCAUUGGAAUGCCUUACGUGAAUGCUGAAGAGAAAAUCCACCUGAAAAAAACUGUCAAAGUGAAUGCAUGAUUAGCAUCUCAAAGGGCAUCAAACUGAAUUCCAGAUGUUGUACAGCCACAGUUUGACACAGUUUCAUUAGGUGGAAAUGGUUGGUCCAUAGAAGAAGGAAUGAGGAGCUGAGAGGCACAUGUAAGAGAACAUUAGAAUUAUGUAGGAUUUGGCUGGAAUACCAAUGAAUGUUAUCUUGGCUGAUGUAAAAUGGUCAAUAGAUUUGAACCAGUUGUCUGAAACAAUUAUUGAAUUGGAGAACCACAAGUAUAAGUGAUACUUUGUUUUAAUAAAUGCAUUUAAUGAUGGUAAAAGCUGUAUAAGUGACAGGUCAACUCGAAUACUACAUCACAACAUCAUUUUUAAACUAACAACAGCCUGGAAUGUUCUGAUAACCCAAAGCAUAAUUACCCUGUCUCUAAAAUUAAUUACUAUGUUUUACACUUAAUGCCGUGAAUCUUGAUGAAUUGCUAGGCCUAUUAGCGAUAGAUUGCAAGCACUCCACUGGCAGCCUCUUAUUACACGAUUAGUUUGUUGAUGUUUUUCUCCGGUUCUUAUGUCUGUGCUGUAGAUGUGUUAUUCCCUUAAAUAACAGCAAAUGUAAUUUGCCCAUUCAUUUUAAAUAAUAUUCAUAGUAGAACAAACAUGUCACAAAUAAACACAGAAAGGGAGGAAAUUAAGUCAGACUUUCCAUUUGAGCUACAAUUACAUAAUUUGAUGUGCAUUAUCCCUAAAAUAAUAGAACAAAAGGCACACAUGUAAAUGAUAAAUGUUAGACUAGGAAAAUUGAUUUUUUUUUUGUUGCAAUUUUGGUUAAUUCAUUAUGGAAUAAUAAAAUACUAACCCUCCUGACUUUUUUUUGGAAUGGAACUUCAAAAUGUUUCGGGAACUGUUUUUGUAAUGAAAAUAUGCAUUUGAUUGGGCUUUAGAGAUAUAUAGCUAAUAUAUAGCCAAUUUUGGGAAAAGUCUUUGUUAUGUGAGCAUGGGUAAUAUUGAGUUACGUGUUUGGAAGUAUUAAUUUUUUUGCAGCCCUCUUUUGAGAAGAAAUAGUAGGUUAUUGUGGACCAACCUUUACAGAAAGAAAUAUUGCUUAUGUUUUGAUCCUGGCAUUUUUUAAUUGCUUUGAACAGAUAGCUUAAAGGGAACGUUCAGCCCUGAAAAUAAUAUUUUAUUUUUUGCAGGGCUAAAGAUUCCAUUCUAAAAUGUGAUCAUCGCUGGUAAUAAUUAAAGUUAAAUAAAGAUCACUUACCUUGUUUCCAGUACCAAGACUCCUCCAAUGCAGUUCAUUUCUGUCCCUCUUCAAUGCUUCUCAUAAAGAAGCAUUGGAAACAAGAUACACAUGUGCAGCUAUAUGCCACACUUCUCCAAUCAAAUACUGCUACAAGCAGCAUUUGCCUGAUGGACCGAGUUUGACUUGGUUUCAGAGGCAUAAGCACCUAGUGGCUCUCAGGAAGACAGCCACUAGACGUGUAUUUAACCCUUUACUGUAAACAUUUAUGUUUCUAGAAAAUGGCAAUGGUAUACAUUGAAGAGUUAAAACUAUAGGACCAGUGCACUUGAACCACAUUUUUAAGAUUUAGUAGUUUGGGUACAUUUAGUUGUCCUUUAAUUUAAUUAUUAUUUUUUAAAAUACUUAGAAUGUCUCUUUAAUAGGCAGUUUGUAGCCCUGGCCACUAAGGUAUAUCUGCUGUUUAUUUAGGCAAGCUAGCCAUAAUUUUCAUGAGAAAAAGUGUGUGUAAGGUUCCAUAACUUAAUAGUUAGCAAAUCUAACUAUUGCUGUAUUACAUGACGCAUACAUGGGUAUAUCAUUUCAUGUCCUCAAACCCACUAUAGUACAGUAAAGAACCAGAAUACAAGCAGGGAGCAGGUAAUAAAAAGCAGUACUCAGCUGUCCUUUUGCACCCUCAUAGAGUGAUGACACUAGAGAUGCCUAUAAAUGUGUUUUAUGAUGUGUGCACAAACUCCUAUUAUUAUGUGAACACAUUUCAUUAAUCAUGUGCACACACAGUCCUGUUUCAAGCUCUGUCAAUAGUGCUAGGAACUGUCUGCAUAUUCUUGAAAGUCUGUUAUAGGUAACAUAUACACAAUUUUUGGUUAAUGUGUCUUCAAUUUGAAUACGGCAGAAUGUUGUCCAUUUUAUGGCAUUUUGUGAUGUUACUAUUUACCUGAAUUUGAGAAUUUAUGGGUUUAAAAUGUUUAUUCAUUGAUUCCACACCAUAAUUUCUACACAAGUCCAAAACAACCAAGUUGGCUACAUUUCCAAUUCUAAUUUCGGAUUACCACAAUUCUCUAUUUCUAAAUAAGCCAAUAUAUAUUCUUAAAGUCGAAUAUUCAUAGUGGGGAGCUAGACAAAUCCGCAGCGAACGACACAUGUCUCUGAUUGACUCUAAGCAUUUAUGGGGUUGUUCCACGAAGAACAAUAGUCAUAGCAAUUCUGUAUGUUUUCUAUUCUAAUGCAUAUAAAUUAAUUUGUACCAGCAGAGUCUUAUCUUGCUCACCUUUCCUUUUAUUCCACAUUUUCAUUCCAUGGUUCUUGACUUCUUUCUUUUGUGUUUGUUUUUUUUUUUGUCUUCACAUUUCAGCUGCCAUUCACUUUCCAAUUUUUCUUUGCUUCUUGAAUGUAACAUUUCUCAGCUGGGGUUUUAUAACACCCCAGGGUGUCGAAAAUCAAGUAAUGGGAAAACAAAUGGGUAAGAAAAGGAUUAUUACCAUAAUAUCAUUGUAAUUUGUGUUAACUACCGGUAAACCUUGUGUGUCCUUGAGGCUUUUGUAAGAGCAACAUUUGUAUUUUACUAAAAAAAAAAAAAGCAUUUCUGCAACAGAUCAGUUCUGGCAUUUUCAAUUUUAUCCAUGUUAUGUGUGGAAAGAAGGUUUGUGUACUAGAUAUAUAAUAUCCCUGCUGUUUCCCCUUUCAUAGUGUGAGACAAACAGAAUAUUCCUUUUAUAAACAUGACAGCCAUUUUAUAUUCCAAGAGGUUUUUUUUCCUACCCUAGAAUUUCCAUUACUAUAACUUAUUUGAUUUUAAUGGUUUGAGGGAAUAAUCGGUAUAUGACCUAAAGUAGUAACUCUCUAUCGAUUGCAAGUUCAAAGAAAAAUGAUACAUCAGUGUCAUCCCAAGGUUUCCUUUAACCAUUCAUUGCUGGAAGAGCCAUCAAAGAAAAGGUCAAGGUCCCCCCCCCCCUCCUGAUCUAUCUCCUUGCUACCUUUAUGAGCGCCAUUAACUUGCUUCAUUAACUGACUAUGAUUCUUCACACAAUGUGAAACCCAUUUAGAGAGACGUUAGCACAUUCUAAUUUAUGAUGUUCAUAGACUUCAACAGAACCCACUGAUUUGUGAGUGGUAACUUACCUCUGCUGAGGCUUAUUACAGCUUUCUGAUGGAGUUCAGAUGUUAAUACAAAGUCCUGAACUUUGAAAAAUAUGAACCACUAGAAAAAUAGAUAAAAGCUAUGAAUACAGAUUUUUUUUAUUCCCGUACAAGUCAAAAUUGCAAAACAAAGUAUGUUUUGAUGAUGAGAAAAACAUUUGACACACUGUUUUCAUUUAUUGAGGGCGCGUUCUUAUCGUUUUCCAGGGCACUGAACAGCAGCCAGUAAUGUUGACCGCUUUCUCUUAUAACAGUUUUGCAAUACAGAAAUAAAGUGAUUUGAUGUUCCUUAACUCUUUCACUGUUUCAAGAAUUUCAAAUAUAUUAAGACUAUCUCUGGCAUAGUUGUUGAAAGGGCAUCCAUGAAUGUUCAAAGUCUAGACGAGGUUUGCCCAUUAUUUUGUGUAACGUUCAGAUUUAGAGACGUUGUCUGUGAAUGUUUCCUUUUUCACUUUACUAUGGUAAAUAAAAAGACAAAAUAAAAACCCAAAGGAAUGUUUUCAAACUAGUUUAAGUGGCAAUCUUUGCUAUAUUUACCAUUCUUAAACAUCACAUAUAUAAUACUAAAUUACAAUUAUUAUUAUUACAAUUAUUUUCAUGUUAGACUUAAAUGAACACCUACGAAACUGUAUUUAAAGUUUGAACUGGCACCCUUGCACUUAAUGUUUUGAACUGAGGCGAAUGACUAAUUAACCUAAUUAAAGGGACACUCUAGGCACCAAAACAGAAUCAUCUAAAUGAAGUUGUUAUGAUGCCAAGAGGCCCCUGGAGGCAAUCUUACCUCAGAGGAGUAAACUGUUCUUAAAUGGUUUAACCCCUAAGUUCCCACCAGUGCUGGUCUCAGUUCCCCCCAGUAGCAUCCGGCUUAUUCAUUUUCACUUACAGGAAGUGCGGAGUGUUGCCAGGCAGGAGUGCCAAAGCUUGACUGAGAGUGGUCAGCUGAUGCUGUAAGCUAGUCAGUGACUCUCCAUUUAAUCAACUGACUUGAGAAAGGUAUGUUUCUUUCAAAGCCAGUUUAGCUAACGGGGAGUCACUGAUUGGCUGAGAACAUCAGCUGACUGCUCUCAGCCAAUAAGUGGCACCCAUCCAUGGCGGCACUCCGCGUUUACUGUAAGUGAAAAUACUGAAGCCAGAUGCUGCAUGGUUUAUCCCCAUGAGGUAAAAGUGCCUCCAGGGUCCUCCUGGCACCAUAACAACUUAAUUUGGAUUAAGUUGUUUUGGUGCCUGUAAGUGUCCCUUUAAUUUGCAAGCAGUACACUUAGGGCUUACUUAAGGUGCCUUAAGUAAUUUAGGGUAGCUUGACAAAGACCUCUUAGCAAGUCUAAACGUUGCUGCUCCUUUUGUUCUUUUAAAACUGCCUGCGGCUUUAACAUCUUGAGUUCCAUGGAGAAUUUCUUGUGCUGCUUUGUCGUUGUGGGAUUGCUGAGUGCAGCUACUAUCACCAUUUUUGCAAUUAAGUAAAUUUAGGGUCCUCCUUCCUAACUUUCUUCAUUGAAUUCUCCUCUAUUUGAUGUGCCUGUUUUCAUUCAAUUAUUCUGAUGCCCUUCAAUGGCCAAGGUUAAUGCCCAAAAUUUCUCCCUAUGAGUAGACCAUUCAUGUCACAAUUUUAAAUGCAAAUAUGUAAGCUAUUUUUUUUUUUUUUUUUUUUUGCAUUUGCAGUGAAUAUUCGUUUUGGAACUUUUCAAACAAUGAUUUAAGCUGAGUGUAAAAUAAUUUCAGGUCAGAUCAAACCUGGUACUUAACACAAGCCUAUACUCGUGGUAUUAACAAUUGAUAAAGAGAAGAAUAAAAUGGCUCAAGCCCUGAAAAAGUCUUCAACUGAUGAUUGAUUCUCCAAUUUAUGCUGGUUUGCAGUGGCUACUUGACAGCUGGCUGGAGCACAUGUAAAUACAUAUAUGCCUUCUUUGACACUUUCCUGGAUCCCACAGGGCCCCCGCUCUGCUUUGUGUCAUCUAUAACUAGAGAAAACAGAAGUCAAUUUUGAUAAUUAGGAUAAGAACACAUUUAACUCACACAAUGGCUGAGAGUGUUCAGCUGAUGCUGGGAGUCAAUAAAUUAACACCUACCGUAUAUCUGCAUCCAAAUUCUCCUGCUUGGGAAGACUGUAAGCCAUGUGGGCACCUGUUGGUGACCCAGGUAAGUGUCAAAUCAUGCUAAAAUGUUUUGCCAGACUACUUUGGGAUGGUACCAGCCAGGGCAUUUCUUGCAUACGUGGAAUAGGCAUAAAGCUAUCCUAACUAUAAGAUUAGGCCAGGGACUACUGAAAGUAUUUAAAACAAAAAUUGGGCAGACUAGAUGGGCCAAAUGGUUCUUAUCUGCCGUCACGUUCUAUGUUUCUAUGUUUCAUAACCACAAUGGCAGGCUUGUGCUUGGAGUGAUUCUUUAAAAGCAAACCAAACACCAUAACAACUUUUGAAAAUUAGGUGUCACUAAACUUUUUAGUAAAAAUAAAAGACUGAGAAAAUGAAUAUUAUAGCUGGCUCCUAAUCUUUGUCCCUGGCUUCUGUUUUUAGGUAAAUUUUCAUCCUUUGCUCUAACUUCAGUUCAAACCAUAUUCAACUAUUAUUUACCUAUUGUUAUUUUGCCAAUUCACCUCACAAACUGUGAAAGAGUUCUGGUAUUGGUGCAAGCUUGUGUUCAAUCUAUUUCUAUGUACAGUCAAUCAGUGAGAGUGGUGAUGUAAUAUACACCUGAAACAGUGACACCUAUAGAGCACAGCUAGCAUAGUUGUGGAAUGUACCUUUCAAAAUGGUCCCUAUGGCUCAUUACUGCCCCCUGGAUGUCUUACUUCAAGUGAUGGCUAACUGCAAUUCUCUGUGAUGUUACGACAGACAACCUUAUGAGAAAUGAAACUCAAAAAUAUCUGCAGUGCCAAAGUAGUCAUCAACGGACUAGUAAAAAGGUGCAGAAGUAUUUUUUUUAUUGCCGUGCAUUUUAAUAGCUGUUUUGGAUAAGUAAAUCAUAUCAUUUCUCUGUCAGAAGGGUAAAUCAAGAGAUUUUGCUUUGAACCUUUGGUCAAGCUUAGUCCAAGGCUUUGAUUGAAUACACACUCUCCUGGGUAGACACAUUUCUUCUCAAAGGUGUCUUUUUUUUUUUUAGUCAAAAUUUGGUGAGAAAAUUAAGUACACUCUUGCUCACAUUGUUAAUUUGCAGCUUAAAACUGUUCCUUUCUGCAUUCAUUAUAUGGAGACAUAUACUACUAUGAAAUCCAUACAAAUAUGCUGAAAACUUUGAGUCCAUUUUCUGUACAAGAAUGGUAAAACCUUUGAGUCCCUUUUCUAUAGCAAUAACUCAUCUCCUGGAUUACCAUUGGUUAUAUAUAGUUAAUAUAUGGCAAUAAGGUAAGGGCAGAGAAAUUCCUAUCAAAAGUGUUUCAUUAACAAGGUACCUGCCAGUCACUUUAAUGAGUCAUAUCUAUGUAAUGCAAAUAUUAUUUCAUAUCCUGCUGAGUUCUCCUUUGUGCGAUAGUGAUUCUUGGUUUUCAUUUGCACAUGGCUGAAAAUUGCAAGCAAAUUUGUUAGCUUAAUGGUCCUGCAAGAUCUCCAUGCUGUUCUCCGUAGAUUUGUCAUUCAAGUCUUUGGGGUCAGAUCUGUAAGUUAUCAAUAGCAGUCUCCGUAACCUAGAUCUUUGUAAGUCUCUGUAGUUAUAUGUCAGCUUGAGCAUCAUUAGAAAUAUGAUUUGGAUAUAUCAGGUGGCCAAGGUUUGCUGUUUUUGACCUCGGCAUCCUAUUAAGCCACAGGGAUGUCUAAGUGUCUAACUGUAGCUUUUAUCUCUAUUUUUAUACAUAAAGGUAAAAUGAUAUAUUUAGGGAGUACAACACUGGAACAAAGGGUUCUGAUCUUCUGCAGUAAACAAUAUUUGCUUACAAUGUGCAAAAUAUGCUAGAGUAAAACAAAUUAAUCAUUCUAUAAUGUGAAACAGCAACCACACUUUCCUUUAUUUUCCAUAAAUGACAUGUUUAAUAUUAUUUUGCAAUAACGAAAGCUGUCACAAUAACUGCAAGAAAACUGAGUGACAUUAUAAAAGCCGCAAUACAGAGCUGUACACAAAGAGUGCCAUCAAAACUUAGUAUUAUAUAAAAGAGAAAGAUGACAGUACAUUGAAAAUAGAUUGUCUAUAUUUUCUAUUGAGUCGAAAACAUUCCAGAGCCAGAGCUCAGGUGGUCACAGAACUGACCAAAAAUUGAAAAACGAGGGAAGAAAGAAAAUGACUAGGAACUAAAAAAGAAAGCUAAGUUUAGACCAGAGGGAAACAUUGAAUAGUAAUAAUUAGACUUGGACAUUUGGUUUCAAAUUGUGGUUUGUCUGCAAUUGCUUGUUUUGUGAUUUGGAGUUCUGUCUCUGACACCAAAAUUAGAUCUGAAUGAUGGAAAACAAAAUCGGAUUUAUGCGUAGGGGACAGUGAUUAAAUGUUUAUUUUAGUCACAGAUCAGAUAAAAAUGGCCAAUAGAGGGAAAAAAGAAGGAGCAAUAAUUUUCUUUAUCUAUUUUAAAUAUGAUAGAUUUAAUGAAUAUAUUAUAUAUGAAUAUACUGUAUAAAUAUAGCUUUUUUUUUUACUGCAUGGUUAAUUCUUCUCACUUGAUCUAUGAACAAAAUGGCCUAUCAGUGUAUUGCAAGCUAUUUAAAGAAUAUUUAUUGUUUAUAUACAUAUUAUUCUUGUAGUAAAAACCAAAGAAAAAAAGUUACCUGCGCUCUUUCCACAUCCCUAUGUAUUAAUAUUAUUCUUGGUUGAUAUUUCUAAUAUUUAUGGUAUGCUCUUUUGGUUCAUCCAAAUUGUUUUUUUCGAAACAAUUGCAUGGUUAAGAUACAUCUAAACCGAAACGCAACAUGGACAAAUUUCGAACUACCCAAACAAGAUUUUUUAUUUCAGAUUGAUUCAGUCGUACCAAAUUUUGUUGCCAUAUACAGGUCUAGUCAUAAUACCAGGUAAUUGAUAGAUGCUAACUUCUGGUUGUGGGACUUUUAGGACUGGUCAAUAUAACUGUUCUAUUCAAAUCAAAUUAGUGCAUUGGUGUGCCUAUUUCCCAUGACUGACGAUAUAAGAACUCCUAAAAUGCUGAUAUUGUUGAAUUUUUUUUUAUUGCGGGGAGUUAAGGGGGUGAAGGGAAGUUGUAGUUAAAAUGUUAUUUUCAUAAUAAAGAGAGAUCAAAUGCUUAAUGGGUUCAAGAAGAAAUUUAGUUAUGGAUGGAAAGUACAUUUUUCAUUGGCGUUUUACAUUUAUCUAUUCAGUGAAAAAUGACCCAAACAUAACAAAAUAAUGAAUUACAUAAAAAAGAUAUAUGUUUCCAGUAAAGAAGGAAAGAAUGAUUGUAAAUGAAGUUGAUAAAAUGUGUGAUGACAGAAGGAAGAUUUAAAAAAAAAAUUUAAAAAUGGUCAGACAGCACUGAAUUAUUUAUGUAGAUGUUAGUUUUAGAAUUAGAAGCAUAUUGAAGAAUUAUCUUACCCUCAAAUAAUUUAGACACGGACAACAAAUUGUUAGAAAUAGAUCUUCAAAGUGAAAGAUUUCAAAGUAUAUCGUGCAGAGCUUUUAUGUAUAUCCACUGAAAUGGCACAGCAUCUUCUUAAAGUACUUCAUUUAAAAUGCAGAGAUUCGAAUAAACACAGAAAUAAGAAUUCUUUAGAAUUGUGAAUAUCCUGCCAUAUUUUUUCCAUAGUCUUGCUGAUGAUCAAGAGAAAAAAGAAGGCUGUUUGUAUUAGCAUAUCUCUAAGCAUAAUCUCAAAGACAUUUUUUGGUCUGAACAUUAUUUUAAAGAGAAAAUAUGUUCCCAAAUAAGUCAGACUUCAAAAAAUAACAAUACAUAAAAUGUGGUGUUUUAUUAUAUGCUUAGAUACCAUAAACAUUCCUUAUUGCCAUACCCACAAUCCAAAUAAUUUUCGGUUUGUUUCAUAACACCUACAAUAGACAUAGGCUGGUGACAUGUUUUUACAGUGACCUAACAAACACUCGCUUCCAACAUUUUGCUAGUGUUUGAUACACAUGGUAACCUAUAUAUAGCUUAAAGAUCAAUGAAUGGAUAUCAUAAUACCAAACUUACAAAGAAUACUAUGGAUAAAUCCAUCACAAUGGCAGAGGUGGACCAUGGAAAGCUUUUUCAGAGGUCCUCUCACAUGCACAAAAAGAGUCAUAGUCACUUAUGAUGGCUAGAGGGAGAAAGACAAGAGUAUGAAUCCAACAAUUCUAUAUAUACCCACGGGCCACUUUGUUAGUUACACCUUUUCAUUUUGAGUUUGGUCUCUGUUUGCUGAUCCAUGUUGUUGCGAUAGCGUCAGUUGCUGCUGAAUUGUCCGCUGCAAAUUCAUGUCGUAGUUUGUUUAUGAAAGCAGCUUGAGAUUAUAUGUAGCUUGUGAUAUUGUGCUUUAUUCUACUGUAAAUAGUCAUUAGAAGAAGGACCGAUACUGGUCAUAAAGGGAAGCAUGGUGUUGGCAAAAAUACUCAAAUAAUGUGUGGCAUUUAAGUGUGUUUAAAUGCCAGUUGGUAUUAUGGUGCCUGGUGUCUCCCAAGAAAAUAUUCCCCUAAUCAUUCCAUCACCUUCAUGGACGGUUGGCACAAAGCAAGACUGAUCCUCAGACUAAUGGUACUUACACUAAAUUUUGACCCUGCCAUCUGUUUGUAACAUUAGAAACUGAGAUUUAUCAAACUAGGCAUUUUUCAAUCUGCUACUAUCUAAUUUUGGUUUGCUAGUACUCAGUGUAGACUCGGUCUUUUGUUCUUAGCUGACAAAAAUAGAACCCAGUGUCUUCUUCCUAUUCACUUCAAAUCUUGAUGUGCUGCGCAUAGCCCUGGUGUAACACAUGGUUAUUUCAUUUACUGUCACUUUCCUUUAAGCUUGAACUAGCCUGGAUAUUCUCCACUGAUCUAUCUCAUUAACAAGGCAUUGUCGCUCAAAGUACUACUGCUUACUGGAUGUUGUUUUGCACCAUUUUAUGUGAACUAUAGAGGCUGGUAAAAAAAAUAAAAUUCCGGCAAUUAAUUUAAAGAUAAUCACUCCACCAUGUUUAGCACGAACAGCCACUUCACAAUUAAAGUAGCUUACACCACAUGUUGUCCAACUGCUGAUGCUUGGUUUAAACAACAUUGGGAAAUCAACUAUGUCAUCAGUUCAACUAUUGUCCUAAUUUAACUUCCCUUUUAAUUCACUUUGAAAUACUGAUAACUCACACCUUAAUUAAUUAUCUUGUCUUCUUUCUUUUAAAUUGUUUUCUAAAUUGGGCCUCUGUUGCAAGUUAAUUUGAUACUCCUGCUUUAGCCUGAACUAGGUUCAGUUUAAAAUAUUUAUCCUGUUAGCUGAAAUAUUCCAUUCUCCUAAAUUCAUUUUGCAAUCCACCAUUGAACCCUCUCCUGUUCCAUCAUGUUGUAUGAACAUGUGUCCAAAAUUGCAUUGCAUGUUAAAGAAUGAAAACCUUUCAUCAUGCCAACAUCAAGACGGUUUCUUCUGCCUUCCUUAUGGUGCCUCCUAUAAAAAUAAUAGAAGCAGUAUUUUAUGAUAAGCAAAUGUAAGGUGGUAUGUUCAUUUUAUGGAGAGCGAUGGUUAGUUAACAAAUUGUAACCGAUAUAGAAGAAAAUCUUUAUCUUAGCUGAAUCAAAAUUUUUCCCCAGAUUGUAUGUUUUAGCCUACAAUUUGCUAGUCACCUGUCACCUCACCAUAACUCCUUAUUGACUGAACAGAUAACUUAACGAUUAUGUCUCAAACACUUUUUAAUAGAUGAAAUCUAGUCUCGUGGUUUAGUCAUUAAUUCCAUUAAGACAGAUGACUUGUCAGAACUGUCAUUAUAAAAACAACAUUUGCCUACUUUGCUUGUAUUAUUUUGUAUUUAAAGGGUUCUACAUAUAUUCUUUUAAAGGAACAGUACAGCUUUAGGAGUACAAAUCUGUAUUCCUAACGCUGUAACGUCCCUGUCCCUACUUUUGUUAAAGGAUCACUAUAGGUUCAGGAACACAAACAUGUAUUCCUGACCCUAUAGUGUUAAAACCACCAUCUAGCACCCCAUGGGCCCCUCAUGCCUCCAUAAAUAUAGCAAAAUCUUACUGUAUUCAAGCCUGAAGCUGCAUGCUGUUUGCCUAAAAAAAAAAAAAACAAGCAGUCUGCUGACAUCAUCAGAAGUGGUAGCCUGAUCCAAUCACAGUGCUUCCCCACAUGAUUGGCUGAGAAAGAGGCAGAUCAGGGGCAGAACCAGCAUUAUUCAAACACAGCCUUGACCAAUCAGCAUCUCCUCAGAGAGAUGAAUUGAAUCAAUGAAUCUCUAUGAGGAAGGUUUAGUGUCUGCAUGCAGAGGGAGGAGAUACUGAAUGUUUAGAUGCAUUUUAGGCAGCCAUGACCCAGGAAGGAUCUCUAACAGCUAUCUGAGGAGUGGCCAGUGAAGUUAUCACUAGGCUGUAAUGUAAACACUGCAUUUUCUCUGGAAAGCAUCUAUGUCACAUGACCAAGUUAUACGUGGUCAGUGAAGCGGUAGAAUCUCUAGAGGCUAUCAUACUGACAGCCAAGUAGGUGGACUUAACUCUGUUAUGUAAACACGGCAAGUUUCUUAAAAAUAUCAAUGUUUUACGUUGUAGGGUUAAAACGACACAAACACCACUUCCAAUGAGAUAAAAUGAUCUGGGUGACUAUAGUGUUAAUUGAAUCACAUUACAUAUUAGGGCACUGUUGUAAUAACACAUAUACUGCGUAUUUAAAGCCAGCAUAACAUUUUGUGUAUUUGACCAGCAUGCAGUGAUCUACAGAGCAGCUUGCCAUCUGGAUUGUGAAUAAAUUCAAACUCAAUUUGAGGUAAAAUAUUGGCAGAUAUGCAAAUAUGUUUAUUAUUGUGUUCAUAGCACAUGUCAACAUAUGGCAGUGAGUAGGGCAUUAAUUGAUAGCAGAUCUAUUUCUGUAAGCAAUGUUCAAAAGCUGUUAAUUGGAUUGAAUGGCAGUAAUUAAUUUAACUAAAUAUUCUAUUACUUGGUAGCAAUUUAGAUGACCUUUCAAGGGAUCUGAAAAAGCAGUAAACUUGUUUUUUAGAGAAAAUGUAUCACAGAGUCCUAUAGAUGGCAGCAUUGUAUUAUUCUUUGUAUUACUGAACACAAGGAAAAUCAUAUAUUCUUUUUUUUUUCUUCUUCUUAAAAGUCGCAUGAAUCAGAAUUAAUGAUUGUCAGGUAUCACGAAGAACCAUCCGUUAAUUUUAAUAUUUUCAAGAAAUUGCUUGCCUUUAUUUAGAAAUACAUUAUUUGCAGUAAAAUAGAAAGUUGAAGUACUGUGCCCACUGCUUUGACUUAUUAAUUAUAUUACAAAUGAUUAGUUUAUAGAAAAGAUUGAACAGUGCAUGUAAAUUUUUACCAGCAGAAGCGUCUAACUUAUUUCUGCCACUAAUAUUUCAAUGCAAUAGCAUGCAAGCAAUGCGCUUAUUGUAUGUUAUUAGGGCUUUAGCAGAUGUGCUGUAUGUGCUUCAUAAAGCCCCAUCUGAAUAAAGGAGGAUGGAGCAGGAGAGCUGGGUCUCUGAAGCUUUUCGCUUGGUCUACAGAGGGAGGACCACAGGUAUUUAGAAGGUCCAGGUUAGGUCAGAUUUUGUGUCUUUUCUCAAAAAACUUAUUUAAUUAUGAAAUAAAUAUUCACAAGUUAAGGGUCAGGGCUUGCUGCCAUGCAGAGUGGAAGCAACAUGCUAUAGCUCCUCAGCAGAGUUCUCUAUUAUGUAUUUAAAUGGUGGAAUGUCCUGUUUUACUUGCCAAUUGAAAGAAGCCAGGCAUCUGCUACUUGGGUGAUUGCACCAACACCUCCAUUAUUGAGUUUGGCUCCUGACUAGGUCUGACUUCUUGGGGACAUACUAUCUGUGUAGGUGUGGUAGAGGUGGCCACUCUUCUAUUGUCUUGCAACUCAUCCUAUAAGCCCUGCUCCCACCCCCUCUGAGUGGUGCACACAGAAAGGAUAUGAUUGCUCUAAAAAAAAAAUAUUUUACAAACUCUUUGGAAUCUAACCAUUUUUACAUUUUGUACAUGUUUUAAUUUUUCCAGUUUUGAUUACAUGAUAUACAUACAUAGUGUACCAUUCUUUUUUUUCUCCCUUUGUUUCCCCUUUCUUAUUAUAUGCUACAUUGAGAGUUUUGGUGGCUUACUCUCUGAUACCUGGACCACUGACUCCUGAGUGCCACCUUAUAUCCUAAUUUUGAUUAAGCUAAUUAUGUAUCAUGUUUUCAUAGGUUCAAGUUCUACUUGUGGUGAGAACUCUCAAAACCAACACAGGUUAAAUUGCUUCUCAAGAUGCGGCUCUGGUAGACCCAUCUAGGUAUGCUGGGAUGCUAUGUCAUGUCUGAUGCUUUUAGACAUGGAUAGAGUUGGUCAAUGCCAAUGGUCAAAGCAAUAAAAAAAGUUAUAUAAUGUAUCUCCCUGUACAUAGUAUUAAUAUGCAGUUUUAUUAAGUGGUGUCUGUGACUCCUUUGCAGACAAGGUGAAUAGGGUAUAUUCUUUUAUGCAAUUUUUAUUUUUGCAGAUGAGAUAAUACAUUGCAAAAAGUCAGAUAUAUUUGCAUAAUUUCAUGAGUCACAAAACGCACAUUCCUGCCUAGAAAACACACCUAUUAUUAUUUUUUACAAGGACUAAUGUUUAAAUCAUAUGGAAGAAGCCUCGACUAUGAUACAUACUAAUUUAUCUAAUACAUCUUGGGUAAAGAUUAGAGAGACUAAUGAAAUCUAACAGGAAUAUACCCCUAAAUGUAGAGAUGAGUUAAAUACAAGGCAUAUUAUUGCCCAUAACCAAAGAGAUAAAGGAGGCAUGGCGGGAAUGAGAAGAGAAUAACAUAGGGCCAUUUUAGAAACCAAUAAGUGUUAGGUUUAGUGUUCAUAAUAUUGGCACAAAUACCCCCUGGAGCAUUAGGUUAAGGACUUAGAGAAUGUAGAAAUUGUGAGCAGUGGGAAUCUGCAAGGCAUAAUAAUACAAGAUAAAAUAAAACAAAAUAAAACAAGACAAAUGCUUACUUGUAGAAUAAAAAACAAGGUUAUGUCAAUGAGUCAUGUCCCCUUCUGGGGGUUAAGAGACUCACAUUUUCUACAUUCCACAUGAUUUGAGUAGAGUACCAGUUGUUCCCGUGUUCCAUCUCCUAAACCAACGGUCAAGAGAAAAGUAUGUGCCUCUGCCGGAUUUGUAGCAUUGGCAACUGUAAGUGAUCUGGGAGCAGUUCAUCGAUAAGCAAUGUCUGCAUCCCUGAGCUUCUGAGUUUCGGGCAUUAUCAUCUGCCAAAGUAGUGUUGUACGGUGUAGGUCGAUGAAGAAUGUAAAGUGGUGAGACUCAAACUCCAAGGGUGCUUUUUGUUGGAGAGCAGCCAUUAAGUGUAUUUGAUCCUGACGUGCCAGUGUGCAUCAAAAGGUGCUUGGGGAGACUUUGCAAGGUGGUAAGCACCAUCAAGGGUGAAUUACUUGGCAUGUUUCUCUGUGUGCAGCAGACAGUGCUUGAGGAGACUUUGCAAGGUGGUAGACACCAUCAAGUGUGAGUUGUUUGUCUUGCUAACUGGCAUCAGUGUGAAAACUAAUUGCCUAAUAAAAUUGGGUAAUCCUUCAAUAGUAACAGAGUCUGAGACUCCCCUUAUCUUGAUAUUUAUCUGGCCACCUUUUUCAUCUAGGUUGUCAACCCAUAAAUUAAGGGCAGAAUGUUGAUUCUGUAGUUGUUAAGCUGUAUCCAGUUUAGGUCUCUUAUGUCCUUCUCUGAGAUUUUUACUUGUGUAGUUACUGCUUGUACCUCUGCCUUUACCAAUGUUAUAUCAGCUGCAAAUAGAUUUUUAAUGUCCACAUGUCUUUUUUGGUAUUUGGAGCUGCAUUGUCUUCGCUGGUGGUGGAUUUUGGGACCUCCACCAACACAUCUCUUCUUACAGGAUGGGCUAAGUAAAAUUUUAGGCCUCUCCAGGCUUCUGUCAGUUGCACCGUUCCUUGUAGGUUGCCUCUGUGGUUGGUAGCCCUGAGAGACUGGUUUGAGACUUUGGUCCCCGGUCUAAAAACGAAAUGCAUCCAGGGGUUCCUCUCAAUCUUCUACAGCAAUUUGCAGUAAAAGCAAGGGUUGAUGAGUUAUAUUUCCCCCAAAAAGCAGAUUGUACUAGAUGUGUUGAGGAGUUUAGAAAAUGCCUGUUCCACCACUAAGCUCCACCCUGAAGAUGGUAUUUUCUAAUCAAACAUCUGCGAUUGGAAACGCUAACAUAAAAAAUGAUAAUAUUGCUAAUAAUAUAAAAUCACAAAUCACCCAGAAUAAAAUAAAGUGUAGUAGUAUAUUAUCAUCUACCUUCAAAAAAACAAAUAUACAAUAAAAAAUUAUAAUGAGUAAAAUAAAAUUUAUUAAAAUUGAAUGUUGGUUAAAAUCUAAAUCAUAAAUAUCGUUAUUACAUAACUGCUCAGAGGAACUAGCAAGACCUCUUGUCCCUUAGUCCAAAGCUUUGGACUGUAGUUUGAGAUUUCUUGCAGGUUCCUCCUUAUUUAUAGUGAGACCAAAUAGGUUUCCAUAUAUUUGCUUUUAGGAGGGCAUCUUUGAUACUUGUGGUUCUAUUCUCUCCAUCUAGUGAAGAGAGAUGAUGCAGUUUAUAGUCCUUUUGAUCUCACUUUUUAUUCCUUUUCAGUACAAUGAAGUAGAUCAGUGCGUUGUGUUGCUCUCCUUUGUGACACUGAAAGGAUAAUUAUAGUGAGUGGAUUUUUCAAGCUAGGAUUGACGUUACAGGCUUGGGUUAACUUAGAUCUGGAUUCUGAAUGAGAAGGAUUUAAUGCUGGAUAUUUUAGGGCAGAGGCUGGUUAAUGAAUAAUGAUUACCAGUACGGAUUCUAUUGUUUUUUAGGAAACUCAAAUCUUUUGGCCGAAUGCAAUCAAGCUGCUAUACUAUGCCACCUACUGAAUGCUGUGUAAGACAACAAAAGCAGCAUAAAAACACAUUUUUUUCUGGAGGUGAUGGGUACCAAUUUCAAGCUCAUUGUAUCAGAAAAUGAAAGAACACUGCAGGUGUUUUCUGGAGUAGCUCCAGUCACAGUUCAUAUUCCUGUGCACAAUCGAUUUAACCCUUUUUUUUUACAAACUAUUCUUCUAACCCCGUGUUUCACUAUUCUGCUACAUUCUUUGCUUGUCAGAAAAAAUGAACCUGAACUAUUUUUAAUAAAUAGCUCAUUUGAUUUGGUUUAUUUGAUUUGCCUAUUUACAUAAACUGCUAUCAUAAAUUGCUUAUCUUGUGAAUAUGACCAAAACUGUUACCUUUAACAUACCAUACACAUUUCCUAAACUACAAAAUCCUUCUGGAAUGUAUUGUAUCUGUCACAAAGCGAGAAUAGAACGGGGCCAGCUUCAAACAUUUCAGGCUGAUUUAAGGAUUCUAUACACAUUUUCUCGUCAUCUAUUAUCCAAACGAUUCCUCCAACAGAUCAGGUCUUUUUUUCCAUUUCAUCCACGCCACCUGCAAAUCAUCUCCAUUUAAAUGUAAUUAAAGCUGAGUGUAUGCAAAUUGGUCUCAUGCAGGGAUAUGCUAAAAAUCUUGCCAGUUGGGGGUCUUGAUAAGAUCCCAGCUGAGAAAGCCUGAUAUGAAGCAAUAUUUAAAGUAUAUUCACCAGUCCAAAAGCAUAAUGUGUUAGACGAUAUUUAAAUGUACUUUCUUGCUUUGUUUUACAGAUCAAACUUCCAAAUACUGAUUGGUCUCCACAAAAGGCCCAGAAACCAGGUCUCAAAAGGUAUGCUGCAUAUAAAUUAUAGUCUAUUAUUAUGGUUAUUUUCAAGCACAGAGAAAGCGUUUAUGUUGUAAUUAUUCUAUACUCGAUUUAUGUUAUUUAUGUGCGGCUUUAAAACACGACAGAUGAUAACAGGAAGCCCGAACAUUAAAAUUAUGUGAAACAAACAAUAUGUAUAUUUUUAUGUAUUUAUUGUUUGAAUGUUUCGCCAAGAAGAAAAUGUAAAAUAUACAGGCAGUUUAAUGUGUUAAUAAGCUGAAAUAGGUUUAUGAAAAUGAUAAAAUAAAAGUGAGCAAUAUUUGCCAAGCGGCAUUACGUUGUAGAUUAGGGGUAGAAAAACUUUGGUACUCCAGAUGUUGUGGACUACAUCACCCAUAACACUAUUACAGACAUAAUGCUGGCAAAGCAUCAGUGGAGAUAUAGUCCACAAAAUGUAGAGUGACGACGUUUGCCUACCCUUGUAAGUAGCCAAGGCAAUGCAUGGUUGAGUGUCAUGUUUACUGGAGUUCACCCAGUGCUACAUAGCUACCUGGUGUGGAGAGAUACUAUGGUUAAAUGACCACUAUAUUGCCAGGAAAACAAACUCGUUUUCCUGGCACUAUAGUGUUAAUAGGUCCCCCCCAUCCUCAUGGCCCCCCUCCCACCGGGCUCUAGGGGGAGGAAGGGGUUGAAGGGGCAAGAGCCGCACACGCAUUCAGUCAGUCCAUAGAAAAGCAUUUUUCAAUGCUUUCCUAUAAACGUUGGCAUCAUCUCACUGUGAAAAUCACAGUGAGAAGCGUGGAAGCGCCUCUAGCGGCUGUCAGUGAGACAGUCACUAGAGGCUGGAUUAACCCUAAUGUAAACAUAGCAGUUUCUCUAAAACUACUAUGUUUACAGCAGGCAGGGUUAACCCUAGAUGGACCUGGCACCUAGACCACUUCAUUGCGCUGAAGUGGUCUGGGUGCCUAUAGUGGUCCUUUAAUUUAUCCUCUCCUUGCCUACUUUUCUCAAUAGUCUAACACAGGGAUAGGCAACCGUUGACACUCCAGAUGUUGUGGACUACAUCCCCCAUAAUGCUUGUAUACCCAUAAUGCUGGUAAUGGUGUAGUCCAAAACAUCUGGAGUGACAAAGGUUGCCUAUGCUCGGUCUAACAUGUGAGCAAUGCUGAGUGCUUUGCUCCACUGAGCUAUGCUCUUCCAUAUUAAUGAAAUGAGUAUUUCCUUGCUUCAUUAAUAUUGCAAGGUGACAUGCUGAAAAUACUUUUUUUUUUCUGAUUGAAGCAGAUAAUCCUCCUUUGUAGUUAGGCAGUUAACUACUCCAGGGGACAUCACACAGGGAAGUGUCCCUUCUUGCCCUUUAUUAGCCAUCAUAUUGAGAGAGUCAUAAUAAAAGAAUAUACGUCAGGACUGGAUUUUAAUCAAUACACCAUAGAGUUAUAAAUGUCAUACAAUCACCCCCCCUACCCCCCUAAAAAUGUUCUUGUGCAAAUCUUUUUGCAUCCUCCUUCAGGUUCCCCCGUAUUGCUGAGAGGUUUUAAUUGCUGGUACUGGCUCUUUUGAUAUUUGUCUCUGUAUCCAAUAGUAGUUGAUGAAAAGCCCUCUUCAGCUCUUCCCAGCAGUUUAAAAUGAAAAAUAUCUUUAGCUUCUGUGAAGCCUCACCUUACGGAACAAUCCCCUGACAUUUUCCCAUUGCAGUUCCUGGUACAGUACAGAAUUCAUAAUUGUAUGUAAUGACCAUAAGCAUUUAUGUCCAGGGAUACAAAAUUACAUCAGACCACGAUUGUUCCCUAAUGUGUUUUUUUUUGGUCUUUUUUUGACUUUUAUGUGAUGUAUAGUUCUUGCCAAACAUUUCUCACUAUGAAAAUUUCUACUUUCUUUUUACCUCUACAUUGUUUCUGUAGCUAUUUCUGUAGUUAUUCGAGGUGGUCAUGACAACCUGUGUGUCACUAGUUUCAUCUUUGAUAUUUUCUCAGUAUUUUCCUUAUGGUUAUACUCUUUAACAAUGACAUUAGUCAUUGUUAGAUAUGGGCCAGAACGAUUGAGAAUUAUUGAACUGGUUGUUGAAUGAUUUCAGUUUGAGAAGCUAUUCAUGGCAGUGUAAUGGUUUUUAAAGGGUUACUAUAACCUUUUUUACUAAAUAUACAGGGAGUGCAGAAUUAUUAGGCAAACGAGUAUUUUGACCACAUCAUCCUCUUUAUGCAUGUUGUCUUACUCCAAGCUGUAUAGGCUCGAAAGCCUACUACCAAUUAAGCAUAUUAGGUGAUGUGCAUCUCUGUAAUGAGAAGGGGUGUGGUCUAAUGACAUCAACACCCUAUAUCAGGUGUGCAUAAUUAUUAGGCAACUUCCUUUCCUUUGGUAAAAUGGGUCAAAAGAAGGACUUGACAGGCUCAGAAAAGUCAAAAAUAGUGAGAUAUCUUGCAGAGGGAUGCAGCACUCUUAAAAUUGCAAAGCUUCUGAAGCGUGAUCAUAGAACAAUCAAGCGUUUCAUUCAAAAUAGUCAACAGGGUCGCAAGAAGCGUGUGGAAAAACCAAGGCGCAAAAUAACUGCCCAUGAACUGAGAAAAGUCAAGCGUGCAGCUGCCACAAUGCCACUUGCCACCAGUUUGGCCAUAUUUCAGAGCUGCAACAUCACUGGAGUGCCCAAAAGCACAAGGUGUGCAAUACUCAGAGACAUGGCCAAGGUAAGAAAGGCUGAAAGACGACCACCACUGAACAAGACACACAAGCUGAAACGUCAAGACUGGGCCAAGAAAUAUCUCAAGACUGAUUUUUCUAAGGUUUUAUGGACUGAUGAAAUGAGAGUGAGUGUUGAUGGGCCAGAUGGAUGGGCCCGUGGCUGGAUUGGUAAAGGGCAGAGAGCUCCAGUCCGACUCAGGCGCCAGCAAGGUGGAGGUGGAGUACUGGUUUGGGCUGGUAUCAUCAAAGAUGAGCUUGUGGGGCCUUUUCGGGUUGAGGAUGGAGUCAAGCUCAACUCCCAGUCCUACUGCCAGUUCCUGGAAGACACCUUCUUCAAGCAGUGGUACAGGAAGAAGUCUGCAUCCUUCAAGAAAAACAUGAUUUUCAUGCAGGACAAUGCUCCAUCACACGCGUCCAAGUACUCCACAGCGUGGCUGGCAAGAAAGGGUAUAAAAGAAGAAAAUCUAAUGACAUGGCCUCCUUGUUCACCUGAUCUGAACCCCAUUGAGAACCUGUGGUCCAUCAUCAAAUGUGAGAUUUACAAGGAGGGAAAACAGUACACCUCUCUGAACAGUGUCUGGGAGGCUGUGGUUGCUGCUGCACGCAAUGUUGAUGGUGAACAGAUCAAAACACUGACAGAAUCCAUGGAUGGCAGGCUUUUGAGUGUCCUUGCAAAGAAAGGUGGCUAUAUUGGUCACUGAUUUGUUUUUGUUUUGUUUUUGAAUGUCAGAAAUGUAUAUUUGUGAAUGUUGAGAUGUUAUAUUGGUUUCACUGGUAAUAAUAAAUAAUUGAAAUGGGUAUAUAUUUGUUUUUUGUUAAGUUGCCUAAUAAUUAUGCACAGUAAUAGUCACCUGCACACACAGAUAUCCCCCUAACAUAGCUAUAACUAAAAACAAACUAAAAACUACUUCCAAAAAUAUUCAGCUUUGAUAUUAAUGAGUUUUUUGGGUUCAUUGAGAACAUGGUUGUUGUUCAAUAAUAAAAUUAAUCCUCAAAAAUACAACUUGCCUAAUAAUGCUGCACUCCCUGUAUAUAUAUAUUUUAAUAAAUAAUGCCUAAAUGAGCAUUAGUUUUCAGACCCCCACCUAAACUUUAAGUUUUUUUAUUAUUUAACUGAAAUCCAGUGCCAGACGAAGCCCCUGGGUUGCUUUCCUUGCCCACUCCUGGCGUCACGGUAGCUGCAUGUGCUCCACUCAAAGGCUUCUCAUAGAGAAGCAUUUCAUUGGAUCAUUUAACCAGCUCAGAGCGCAUGCACACGCUUUGUGCUAGCAUGCGGAGAGCAAGUGGGGAGCCAGAGAGGGAGGUGGGACAAUUAAAAACAAGAAAACUGAGCAGAUUGGAGGUUAGGAGGUCUACAGACAAGAAAGAAGAAAGGGAGAGGAGAAGCUCAAUGUGUGUUGCCAGUGAAUAGUGUGCACUGAUGAUGGAUGUAAAAUAUGCACAGAAUUGACAUUUGGCCCUCUGGAACAUAGUUCCGGGCUGCCAAAGUCAUGUGUGUCAGGGGUGUAAUUAGCCCCUGAAACAUGAGUGCCAAUAUCUCAGUAGGUCCAGUGUUUCAUGCUGAAACACAGCACAUACUGACUCCGGCUACCAUGACUGCUUGUAAAACUUACCGCAGAAGGUCAUGAUGGUUGGAGUAACCCUUUCAUUUCCUCCAGUUACAUAUUGCCUGACCACGAGUUGUUAAAUGGCUACAUCUUUAUGAAUUGAUUUGGAAUGUUUUAGUUUGAAUACCUGUAAAGUAAAGGACAAAGUGUGAUUGCAAAUACCAAAGCUGGUGCUGGCGUUAAAAGAAGAGUUUGCCAUGUCACUGAUUGGAACAUCUGACGCAAAAAGCUGACUAUCUAUCCAUCAAACAUCAAUUUCUCCCCAUAUAGACAUGUAAAAAGUGCAAUGUUUAAAAUUGGAUACUCUAUACCUAUUGUUAUAUCAUAGAUGCAAGUAAAACCACAGUUUGUAUCAAAUUAAAGCAAGAAUGCAAGUAAUUCAGAGUUAAAAUGCUUCCUAAGACUCCAUAUUAAAAUUAUCAAUAGGACUAGUACAUAUAUUACAGUUACUAAUAAUCCACUUUUAUACCUUGCAAUUUAUUUACUAAGAACAAACUGGAGAAAAUUAACAUGGGAAUUAGACUCUAUCAAUAUUUUUGACUUGGAUGUUUUAACCCAAACCCUGGAAAUAAAUAGUCAGUAUAUUACAGUUCACCUUUUGGUGACUAAAUCUAUUAAUUUGCUUUGAUAUCACAGUGAGUACUUUGUGUAAAAGAGAUAUGGCAGUUUGCAUAAGAUUCUUGAUUGGCAGCUCAUCAAAACGAUUCACUGGGAUUUUCAGUGUAAUUACUGUCAUCAAGUCACACCCCAUUAUGAUCAUGUUAAUCGUAUAAAAAUAUACCCGAUGAAUAAGCAAGGUAUAAUUAUGUUUAUAUCAAUUAGCAAUCUAUUGCUACCAUGCAUUCUGAUGUACACAGUUGCACUGUUCUGAUGUAUAUCACUACAAGUAUUCUACAAUUAGCACUCAUAUUAUUUUUCAAGAGCUUUGUUUGAGAUAUUUAUUUUUCCUUAGUUAAAAUGCACUUUGCAUUGAAUACUAACAUUAUAAACCAUCAGCAUUCACAUUCUAGUAUAGUGUUAAGUGUUGAUUUCCUUAGAAGUUUUUUUUAGAGAGGGAAUGGAAGAGGGAUUGGGAGAGGGAAUGAAUGGCUAAAGACAAACUCAUUGGAAUAGUAUGACAGAGUUUUAAUAUUAAUGUCAUGAGGUUGGAAAUAUUAGGCAGCAGGUGAUGGCUAGAUGACCGGGUCAGAGCAUCUUCAAAACAGCAAGUCUUGUGGGGUGUUCCUGGUAUGUAGUGGUUAGUACUUACCAAAAGUGGUGCAAGCAAGGCUCAUCAAUACACAUGGGGAGAGAAGGCUAUCCCGUCUGGUCCGAUCACACAGAAGAGCUACUGUAGCUGAAAUUGCUGAAAUAAUUAAAUUGGGAUGUGAGCAUCAGAUCCAGAACAUGGAGCAAUGUUAGAAGGUUACCUGGUCUGAUGAAUCACAUUUUCUUUUAGAUCAGGUUGAAGGCCAAUGUGUGUGUUGUUUACCUGGGGAUAAUGCACCCUGCCACACUGCAAAAAAUGUUCAGGAAUGGUUUGAGGAAAAUGAGAAAAGUUCAAGGUGUUUCCUUGGCCUCCAAAUUCCACAGAUCUCAAUCCAAUUGAGUAUUUGUGGGAUGUGCUGGAACGACAAAUUCGAUCCAUGGGAGCCUAACCUCGCAACUUGCAUUGACUUAACAGAUCUGCUGCUAAUGCAUUAGUGCCAGAUAGCACAGGAAAUAUUCAGAGGUUUUGUGGAGUCCAUGCUUUGAUGUAUCGGAGCAGUUUUGGCUGCAGGAGGAGUGAUAUUGGGCUGAUUUUAAUGUUGUGUCUGAUCAGUGUAUUAUAUAGAUUGUAUACACUACAAUGUUCAGUUUUAAAAACAGGUCAUAACAUAUGUAACUUUGUGGCAUUUUCAUACCCUAUAUAUGUCUAGCAUAUUUAGAUAGUAAAAUACUCUAUAAACAACAUAACCAUUACAACAUAUUGUAGUGUGAUAAAGAUUCUCUAGAUUCCAUCUUCCUGCUUUGUGUCACAACAUUUAUAAGUGGUUUUAUAAAAAUCAAUGCUCUUUUGGUGUCUGCAGCUCAGCUCCUCCCCUGGUAAUUGGCAAUUGCAGAAGUGUAUUAGCCCAACCGUCUUUCAAUGUAGGUGUUAAGUUGAGAGAGCUAUGGGUUAGCCCUUAAAUCUGUAAGCCUGUUAGUUUUUACCCUCUUUGUCUUACAUUUUCUUUUUCAUCCUUCUCUUAUAGAGACUCACUUCCCCAUCCCUACAGUGGUUACUUCUCAUCUCUGUUUUGUGACUAAAGAAAAAGUUACCUGCGCUCUCUCCUGCAUCCCUAUGUAUAUUUAAACAAAUAGAGGUCAUUUAGUUACUCCAAAGGCCAUUGGAAGGAAUGCCCGCCUGCCAACAUCAAGGCAGACCCCCCUAGGCGGGUCCUACACUGACCUUUCACCUUGCUUCCUUGAGCUUCUGGCAAAGAUAUCUCUAAUGAGACAGAGAGGGGUAUUUUUAUAUAUACUCCUAUAUACUUAUUAACCCUUAAUAGGGAACACAUGGGAUGGGCGACAGCAUUGUAACAAAGAUGUGUGAUACAAAAAGUGAAUACAAAUACAAAAAGAUAAGUCCUGCGCUCACUCCCAUCACUCCUGAGCGGCAGCAAUGAUCACAAUACACAUCAGCAACCAUACAUAUAGUAAAAACCAAAGAAAAACUUACCUGCGCUCUCUCCUGAAUCCCUAUGUAUAUUUAAACGAAUGGAGGUCAUUUAGUUACUCCAAUGGCCAUUGGAAGGAAUGCCCGCCUGCCAACGUCAAGGCAGACCCCCCUAGACGGGUCCUACACUGACCUUUCACCUUGCUUCCUUGAGCUUCUGGCAAAGAUAUCUCUAAUGUGGCUGAUGUGUACUGUGGUCGUUGCUGCCACCCAGGAGUGAUGGGAGUGAGCUCAGGACUUAUCUUUUUGUAUCUAUACUGAACCCCAAUCUCUUUUACUUUAUCCUUACAGUCUUUUCCUGCCUUGACCUAGUUCCCUUUUUCUGUUUCAUCCAUUUUUCCCAUCUACAAAAUGAGUUUGCCAUAGUGCAUAGCAAUGAUCAUUUAUAACAAAAAGAGCAGAGAAAUGGACCAUGGCAUGUAUAUAAACAGUUUGAUGAUUACCGAUAUCAGAAGUGAAAUAUUCUAGUUAAUGUGAUUUCCAUUUUUGUUCUACAUUGGCCUGUUUACGUAUUGGUCUCUCUGCCCUUCUGGUCUUCCCAUUCCUUUUUCCUCAAAACGUCUAGAAAGACUUCUCUUUACUUGUAUGACUCACUUCCUAAAUUCCAACUACCUCCUCGAUCCUCUUCAAUCUGGCUUUCGCCACUUCCACUCUACUGAAACUGCUCUUAUUAAAGUUACAAAUGACCUAAUCGCAGCUAAAUCUAAAGGCCCCUACUCCAUAUUAAUUCUUCUUGACCUCUCUGCUGCCUUUGACACUGUUGAUCAUGGCCUUCUUCUCCUAACUCUUCAAUCUCUUGGUCUCUGUGACACAGCCCUCUCAUGAUUCUCCUCCUACCUCUCCCAACGCUCCUUAAGUAUCUCUUUUUCAAACAAUGUCAAUUUAAAAUACUAACCCUUACCCAUAAAGCCCUAACCAACUCUAGCCCCUCUUACAUUUCUUCACUGAUUCAUAGCAUAAGUAUGCCCCCUCUCGGUCUCUCCGCUCUACUGGUGUCCUUCUCCUGUCUGCUGCUUGCACCCUUACUGCAAAUUCACGCCUGCAAGAUGUCUCAUGGGCGGCUCCUUUCCUUUGGAACAGACUGCCUACCCCUGUCAGACUCUCCCCUAGUCUUAUAUCCUUUAAGAAGUCCCUCAGAACCCAUCUUUUCAAUAUUGCUUAUGGUCUCCAAAAGUAAGUUCUAUCUCUCAAACCUUCUUCUUGCUCUCUCCUAAAGGGCCACACUCCACUCUCACCUCCAGUUCUGCUACUUUCCCACCAUGUCUAUUUGCUGUCUCCCUCAAUACUUUUCCUAUUGUGUUUUUAUAUCUCACCUCCUCUAGAUUGUACGCUCGUUUGAGCAGAGUCCCCAACUACAUAUUGUUCAUGUUACAUUUCAUUUUGUUAUUGUCUCAUUUGGUAAAUUUCCCUUUUAUUGUAAAGUGCUGCGGAAUAAGCUGGCGCUAUAUAAAUAAUAAUAAUAAUAAUAAUAAUAAUUUAUAUCUUCUUUCGGUUUCCUCUGAUUUGUGUUUCCUAUGUCCUUCUAUUCUUUUCUCUCUUUCUCUGCAUCUCUACCCAUAUCCUUUCUAAUCCUUUUCUUUUUCAACAACUUUUUAAUAGGAAUAAAACAUUAUUCCUAUAUUUUCUGCCAAACUGACUUUCAGUUUUGGCUAUAUUUACGUACAAUUUGAAAUUCACAUUGAAAUCUGAAAUCUCCCUUUAGUAAAUAACCCUGCAUGUGUCUAUAUGUUUACACAGACCUCUCUUGAUGUUCCUUUGCUGUGUUCAGCAGCAUAAUUCAUCAUGUGCAUAUCAUGGCUAUUUAUGUGAAAUUAUCACGUGACAUUUCUCUUAUGGAAGAAUUCAUUUUAAUGUUGAGGAGUAAAUUCUCUAAAGAGAAAAUGUUAUUGAAUUACAGCAUGAAUUGUAAAAUAUAAGCCAAAAAAGCUGAUUUGGGAAAAUUAUCUGACUCCACUAUAGUUACAGUAUUUUAGCCUGAAUUUUCGUUUCACUACAAUUCUUUUAUAAAUAACCCACUAUAGUUGAUAGAAGUGUGCAUGGCCCUUGCCAUGCCGCUGGUAUUAAACAUUUUAAAUGCUAAGCUGUGAACAGAAAGCAAAUAUAUAUAUUUUCAUCUUCUUAACUUCUAGUUCUCAGAGUCUCGAAGACCUAGGAACUCGAAAAGGAGUUAAAAAAGAUCAUGACAGACUACGUACUCUAGUUUCCCCUGUAACGGGUCAGUAUAUAUAUAUAUCUAUGUAUAUAAAUGUAUAUUCCUUUCUGCACAGUGAAUAUACUUAAUGUUUUGUGAUAAAAAACAUACAUCUGAUUUUCAAUUGCAGUUUUGCUUAUUUGACAUGUCAUAAUGCAAUAUUUCUGCUUGAAAGAAAGGUGACUUCGAAUUAUCAUUAUAGUGCUCAUAGGAAUAUGAUUUACACUUCAUUGGUUAAACUCCGCACUGCCAGAACAGCCUUUAGCAAACUCAGAAGCAAUUUGCUUCUGGCUACACUUGUUACUGGAGGGUUAUAAAGGCCAUCUAUAUUUUAUUAUGGUAACACUAAAAGGUAAAUCAUGUCUAUAUAACAUGCGUAGCUUAAUUACCUAUUGUAAAAUACAUAGCAUCUUUUGGUAUCAUUAUUUUUUUCCAGCUGGAAGAAGCAGUACUUUGAUUAUUAUGAGAAUUAAAAACACUGCCUCAGAAGCCUGGUAGUAACCUCUAAAAUCCUUCAUAUCAAAGGAGGUUAAUUGGUAGGUAUAGUAAAUACAGAGUCUGCAGGGCCACCCCAUAACAUGCCCAUUUCAUUGAUAGUCUAGGCAGCUCCUGGCACAGAACUUCUCCCUUUAUGGGACUGCAUUAAUCAUCAGGGAAGAGGAAGGAUCUUCAGAGUAUCUAUCAUUUAUAAUAUGUUUGUAGUGAUGUGAUUGUAAGGUAUUGAAUGGAUCACAAGGCUAUUACCCUAAAAAUUGCAAUAGUUUAUUCACAAAACAGCGCAUUGUGGUGAGCUGUGAACUGAUUUUCAAAAUAUAGGCCAUAAUAGCUGAUUUGGUAAAUAAUUUAUCCAAUGCAGCAAUAAACAUGGGUUAGCUAACUUAGUCUGCAUUGUGCUAUUUAGUUUUCAAUUCACCACAAUUCAAUUACUUAUUGAAUAACAAAGUGAAUAACAAAAAUAUCGUUAAAGUAUUCAUACCUAUUGUUUGUUGAAAAACAAAACACUUUUUACUUAAACCUUUCUUCUCUUGGCAUUUAAAAAUAUGUUAGAAUAUUGCAACUGCAUACAUCAAAAAUAUAAUAGCAAGAUACACAAUACAUAUUUUAUAAGCAUUUUAAUCUGUUCUUUUGGAUAACUUAACUAUUUAAGGAAUGUGAAAUGAUUUUAUGAUUUUUCUUUUUAUGAAAUCCCACAAAGGUGUUUUAUAUAGUGUUUCUUAUUACAGAGUGCUGAUCUUCUUUUUAAUUAUAUAUAUUGCACCCUGUUCAACACAUGAUUUAUUGGGUAAUCUUAUUUGAGUUUAACUCCUCUUUGGGAACUCAUAAUAUCAACUUAAAAAAAAAAAAAAGAUCACACAGAACUGAUCAUGAAGGCAUGAGUAGUGGUUAUUUGAGAGUCUACUUAAUCUACUACUAUUGUCAUACUCACUCUUAUUGUAGUGGCCAUUUCCCCUCUUUUUAUGGUUAGUAUGUAUAAUAAAUAUAGAUGCAAAACAUAAAUGAACAAUCUCUUUUUUUCAUUUGUGUAACCCAUGGCAGCCUAUUUCCAUAAUUGUACCCUUCAUAGUUGCAAAAUGUUUGUAAUUAGUAUAGUUGCUGUUAUUUAAAAUUUAUAACAUUUUCCAAUACCCUAUAUCUCCCUUUAUCUCCGCACUAAGCUCCCCUGCUUCUCCUGUGCCCAGACUCUCACUGAUUCUUUUUGCCCCAGGCUCUCCAUGAUUCUACUCUACACGAUGCUCCCAGCUACUCCUCUCCCCCUGCUUCUCCUCUGUCCCAGGCAUAUUAGUAUAUACAGUGCAGAUACACACAUGCAUACACACACACACACACACACACACACACACACAUGCCAAUACACAGAUACAAACACUGAUAACAUACAGAUACCAACACUGUUUAUAUGUGCCUGUGUAUCUGUAUAAUGUCAAUGUUUGUAUCUGUAUAUCUAGAUGUGUUUGCAUCUUUGUGUCUGUGUAUAUGCAUGUGUGUCAGUGUGUGUGCAUGUGUAUCUACAUGUGUGUCAGUGUUUGUAUUUGUGUACCUAUGUAUUUUUUGUCUGUUAGUGUUUGCUUCUGCGUGUCUGUAAAUCUACAUGUGUGUCAGUGUUUGUAUCUGUUUAUCUAGAUAUGUGUCAGUGUUUGCUUAUGUGUGCCUGUGUAUCUGCAUGUCUGUAAGUGUUUGUAUCUGCGUCUCUGCAACUGCAUGUGUGGCAGUGUUUGUAUCUGUGUGUCUGUGUAUCUGCAUGUGUGUCUGUUUAUCUGUAUGUAUGUCAGUGUAUAAAUCUGCAUGUGUGUCAGUGUUUGUAUCUGUUUAUCUAGAUAUGUGUCAGUGUUUGCUUAUGUGUGCCUGUGUAUCUGCAUGUCUGUAAGUGUUUGUAUCUGCGUCUCUGCAACUGCAUGUGUGUCAGUGUUUGCUUCUGUGUGUCUGUGUAUCUUGAUUAGUCAAACAGUGCCACACAUGCAGAUACAUUGACACACAUGCAGGUACACAGACACACACACAUACAAAUACUGACACACAUGGAAAUACACAUACACACAAAAGCAAACAUUGACACAAAUCUAGAUACACAAAUACACACACUUGCACACAUGCAGAUACACAGAGACACACACACUGACACAUACACACAUGCAGAUACACAGACAUACAGAUACACACACUGCCACACAAGGAGAUACACAGACACACAGAUACAAACAAUGAUACACACACUGACACAUGCACAGACAAAACAGAUACAAACACUACAACAUACUUCUACAAAGACACACAUACAGGUCAACAUCUUAGCCAUCCUCCAUUUUCUUACCUUUUGGAUGCAGCAGGAUGCUGCAGGGUGGCUUCUGUUGUCUGGGGCUGUUGGGAGCUUGCACUGCAUGUCUACCCUAUCCUCUUGCUCCUUCCCUAAGUGCAUGGGACACCCAAUGGGCCCUUUCAACCUGUGGACCGCCAUUGUGGAAUUUUGUGUGCAUACCCCUGGGGGAACUGGAUUGUACUCCCAGAGGUAUGCGUACCACAAGUUUGGAACUGCUGCUUGAGAGGCGUUUACGAAGUACCAACCAGCAAUCAAUAACCAGUAUCAUGCAAUUGGAGCCUGCAAAUAAUUCCUGUAGAGUGCUUAUUUUUUUCAAAGCCCCCCCCCCCCUACUUCCUCCUACCUCCAUGUUACUUAUAAUGCACCUGGAAUCCCUCUGAAGGAAUGUAGAAAGAGAAAAUUGAGCCUUGGCAGAGAUUUUAUUUCUCUGCUGUGUGAAAACCAGCACUGGAGCAUAGGGGUGCAAUACGGGUCUAUUGGAGAAUAUGUAUAUUUGCAUUGUGUUAAUAAUAUGAACAUAUUCUUACCACUUCUAACAAAUGACAUGAAAUCUCACCUUUUUAAUUUUUCAAAAUAGUAUAAUAAAGAAUUGAACAACAAUAGUGACAAAGGCUUAGUAUAUUUAUUCACAAUAGCAUAACACCAGCCCACUUUCAAGCUGAAGCAUGUGUGUCUAAGAUCCAACUCCAAUGUUUCAACAUCCACUGAUAUCUUUCUCAAGGGUCAAGCCCUUAUAUUUUUUGCAUUGCAAGUUGGCCAGGAGUUCACAACUAGUGGUUAUUUCCUAGGCACAUAGCACAGUUGUGUUUAGGAGAUCCUUUUGCCACUAGUUUAGCAGUAAGUCAUUUCUUUAUUUUAAAGAUAAAGGGUGGGCUGUAUUCCAAAUACACAUCAUAGCACUCCAGUAUUAUAAAUACAUUUAUUUAUUAUAACACGCUGUUAAGGUUGCGACCUGGCUGAAAUUUAACCUGAACAGUCGGUAUUUGAGGCCGUCUGAUCAGACACAGUAUGCAUUUAGAUACACUGCCACAAGCACACACCGCAUUCACACUGACACACACCACCAUACACACUUAGAAACAGUAUACACACUGCAACACACAAAAUGGUACAUCUAAAGUCAUAGUACACACAUUGUACGUAUUUUUUUUGUGAAUGAUUUAGAGAAUUUUCCUCUUAUAAAUUAUUUUUUGUCUCUUAUGUCACGCUCUGUAAUGCUAUGCAAAUAUAAUUCUGAAAAAUUAGCAUGGCCGGUAUUUCUUUUCCAAGAAAGGUGGCAACCCUAACUGGAAAUAUUUUGAAUCUGUAAUGAUCAUAUCUAUGGUCAGUCUAUUUCCCUUUGCUUUGUUCAAACUUUAGUUCUUGAAACUAAAGUUUAACACAUGGCCCCUUGUCCUAUAUCAAUGUGUUCUUUAUUAGGUUUCUGUCACGUUGGGCUUAUACUUACUUGCAAUUAAUAAUCAUAUUCCUUCUCAGAUACCACUUUCCUAAUGUAAACAAUCUUAAUUUAGCUAGCCUUUCUUAAUUUAGAUCAGCUUCCUUAGAAAAUGAAAUCAGCCUCAGAGUAAACAUAUUACUUAUUACAUUCCUGAGGAUAAUUAAUGAUUGUAUUAACACUGGGCCUUCUCUAUUGCUAAUCAUAUCUUGUAAUAAUUGCCUCAUAAUUACUUAACUAACACAUGUAAAUUUUCAAUUCCCUCACUAAGUCUUGCAGACAACCUUCCAUCCGAGAAAUUGUUUUAAUUCCUGUAGAACAGAUUGAGGGUGACACUUCUUAAAAUCCAAGAAUUUAUUAUAAUUAGAAACUUUUGGCAAUUGAUUUAGUGUUUUGUGUAUGUAUGUAUGUUAGUGUGUAUAUGUAUAUAUGUGUGUGCGUGUUUGUGUGUGUGUUUAUGUAAAUGGUCUGGCCAAGUAUGCCAUUAAUUAACCUUUUUAUUACUGAUGUCUGACUGUCCAUUGUGAUAUAGUCAUGUCUUGAUUUCGGGAUAUGGGAAGAGUAAUUUAAUUUUGUGGAACAUAUGUGCAGCUAUGGCUUUCAGUGUUGCCUUUUUUGUGUGUGAAUGCAAUGCAACAUUUAAUGCACCAAGGGUAUGAAUCCUGCAUGUAAAAAAGGACCACGGCAAAGUUUCUACAACUGUAAAAAAAUGGCCAUUGGAAUUUUGACACGCUCUGGUUUAAACUUAAAAGGAAUUCAUUAGGCCUUGAACUCUCUCCCAUUUGAAGGGGAGACAGAACGAAGUGUUCUGUAUAGUGAGAGAGACACAAAGAGAUAUGGAUUGAGAGGAUAACAAGUAGAUCUACAUCAGACACAGAAGACAGUCUAUACAUUAAACAGCAUGUCACGAUGAAUUAAUAGCCAAUGUGUAACAUUUAGGAUAAAAGACACAAGAGAAAAACAAUCAUUAAUUGAUGAUUUUAAGUUUUUUUUUGGGGGGUGGGCAAAAUUUUGUAAUCUGACUCAAAACUAAUCAGAGCUAGUUGUUUAGUGAAUAAAUCCCCUAGAGAUGCAUAGUUAGAAACAUAGAGACAUAAAAAAACGGUAAGAGAAACUGAAUAACGUAUAAAUAGCAGAAAGAAUGGGAUUGAUGCACACAUUUAUUGCCAAUUACAACAGUGCAUCGAGUGAUCAGUGCAUCUAUAAAAGGUCUUUUCAUACACAAUAAAUGUUCAGUUUGUGACAAGGUCAAUUGUUUUCAAUAGAAACUAACAAAACUAUUGCCACAUUUAGUGUAUCAAUGCCAUAGUCAAUUGAAAGCCUAAAACAGAAAGUGAUGUUAAGAGCUCAGUCCCCAUUAGUGCUACAAGUUACCAGUAGCCUGCAGCAGUCUAGUCUGGCUGAGUCUAAUGAGAGUUGUUGGUUAUUAGCUAUAAAUUGGUUAUUUACAUUUACAAAAGUCAGAGGGAAUAUAAUUUUAAUUGUAAUGUUUUCGAUGUCUUGUAAUCACAGCACACCCUAAUUUACAUAUAGCAUAGAAACAGGACCUGCUCUGUCUGACGGAGGUGCGUCUGGCUGGAAAGACUAACAAAAGGAUAGACAGAAAGACGCAUAUGUUUGUUUUAGUAGCCUCGAAAUCGUGGCUUUCCCCUCUAUGCAUGAUUAGAAAGAUUGAAAUACAAUGGGACACCACAAUUGUAGGUAACAUUUAAAGGUUUAGGGCUGUAUUUGAAAUGGUUUGAAUUCUUCUGAUUUAUAAUGUAUAGCUGAAAGGGGAAGGUACAGAGAUCCAGUUGUCAUGCCUAAAGCCUCUAGGACAGGUAUAUCUGAUUCUGAAUUGUGCCUACGAGAACUGUAGCUUCCAGAACCUUUACAGUAUUAAUAUUCGUUUUCCAGGAAUUCUAUCAUGACAAAGUAUUAAUGCAAUAAAUCACUUUAUAUUGAUCCUGGUGUAAUAUAUACUGUGCUUUGGGGGUAUAUGACAAGUCUGCAUAUAUUAACUCAUACAUAUUCCUACACAUACAUGAUUUCUAAAAUAUACGUGAUGGCAGUCUAGAUCCGUAAAAUUUAUAUUUGUAUUUAUUUAUUUAGAUUGAUUAUUAUGCGUAUAAGGUAAUAAAUUGAUGGUGUGUCCAUAAGUUCACUAGAGUAGAUGAUGCUAUAGUAGAUGUGCAUUACGCAUUUUUAAUUGUAAUGUUAUGCUUAUUUCUCUCUAGAUAUAAAAAAUCCAAACAAGAAAUCAAACGGGGUGUGGAGCCCGAAGUAUGGAUUACCCUACCAGCAGCACAUGGCGGCACUAGACUAUCAACAUAAUGUUUACAUUCCAGGGACCCCAACAUUAUCAUCCAACAAGCAGGGGCUGUUCAUGGACCACGAAGAAAAAAAUAGUUUUUCCACCUUUGGAAAAAAGAGGAAAAUGACAUCAUGCUGUGAUGUGCACGAUGAUAUGAUAAUUAACAAUGACCUGAAAUGAGACAAGAAUGGGGGGUUGCUAUAGAGACGACAAAUAAACACUAAGUGAAGAAUUUGUUCUCACUUGACGAAGGAAGAGAAACCUCAGUUAUAAGAAUAAAAUAAUCAUUACUAUGCCAAGGACACUGUCUCAACUAACCUACCUGAUGUCUGUUUUGUGUGAUAAUUUUGAAACACAAACGGUGACAGGCCCUGAUCUAUAAAGUGCAAUGGGACAAAGAGAUCUAAAAUUAAUCUGUAACACUUGAAAUGAAGGGACAUUUGGUACAGUAAUGAAGACACCAAAUAAAUAAAUAAAAAACUCUGUACACAGAGACAAUGAAAAUAAAUGAUAGAGAGGCGGCGUGUUGAAUAAAUGGACGGGAUGCAAUUUCAUUUGGUAAAACAGAUUCAAUGUGGGUGAGAAUGAAAGAAUCGUCUAUGUGUAAAAAGCAAUUUUCUCCAUCUGCAGUCAACCGAAAGACUUCCUUUAGGACUGAAGUGAAUGAGAGGACAUCCUUUCUGAAAUGUCAUUUCUAGUUUGAGCCUUUGGCAAUUUCCAUUUAGUGACAGUUCUGUCUUUCAUUGUUAAUAUGUGAAUGUACCCAGUGAAUAUAUAUCUAUUUUUUGUACUGUAUGCCUUUUUCAUGUUGAGCGAAUGUAUAAGACGUGUCUGAAAAUCAAUACCUACGUAAAGAGUGAAAUCAGCAGAGCUGAAUAUAUAAAUUGUCACUGCGUAUGUAACAAGGAGGAAAAUAAUUCUCCAAAAUUGUAUGUAAAUAGUAUGCUAUUUUUCAGCAAACACUUGUUUUCAAAAGAGUACUGCACUCACUGUGAAGUCAAUAUGCAAAAAAAAAAAAGAAAAAGAAAAUGAUAAUAAAUAACAAUUUUUAAUACAGCAAACAUUUUUUGAGAAAAAGCCCAAAAUCAAAUACAAUAUACCCUUCUUUAAAAGGAGUAUGUGUGCAAAUAUUAAUUUGUUCUACGGAAGGAGUGUACCAUUCUACGUAGCACUGAUAUUAACACAGUCAUGAAAUAAUCCUUCUUUAAUAUUAUUCCUUCCUAAAGACAAAAUGUGAUCACGACACACCUGGACACAUGGUCAUAGUUGGACAUGUGAUCACUACAAAUCUGGCGUGUUAGAAUGCUGAAAUCUUUUUAGAUUCAGUUUGUGUUGAGGAUUGCCUUCAUGUUGGAAGGUCAUUGCAGUGGUACUAUGACUAUCUGAAAUUCACAUAUACACUGGUAAAUUUGGUAAUGUGAUGGUAAAUAUUUUGUUUUUGUUUUUCCCAUUGUCCAAUAUGAAGUUGAAAAGAAAUAUCUGUGUGGCCAAUAUUCUAAUUAUCACUGUUUCGUUCUCUUUAUGUCUUUGGAGUAUCAGCCAUGCCUAUAAUCGGUUUCUUUGUAUUUUUUUUUUUUUUUUUAACAAGUCUUUGG